CGGCUUCCUCCGCUCUCUCGCGAGAUCGGGCGAGGUUUCCGGUGUUGUGACUGCGGGGCCGUAAACAUGGCGGUGAGUCUCCGCGCCCGCUCGCUGAGGCACCUCCGCAUUCGAGGUGAGGAGGAACCCCCGGAGGGGUGGGGGGCUCGGCCUGCGCUUCGGGGGCGACGGCGGGGCGGGUGGGUCGGUGCCCGGCUCCUGCCUCCCCCUCCCCGGUCUCAGCAUCCCGCUCCCUCCGGCCGCCGGGCUCAGCCUCUUCUCUCCUCCUCCCAUCAAUGACCGAAUCUCGUUUUCUUUUCUCCCCCUCUUCCCCACCGCCCAGGCCGGAACGACAGCGGCGAGGAAAACGUCCCCCUCGAUCUCAGCCGAGGUAAUGGAGCGGGAGGGGGGGAAGCGGGGUGGGCACCCUGGUGGCGAGCGCCUCCCACCAUCCCGCCCCCCACAAACUCCACAUUCUGGGGGGUGUUUUCAGAAUGGGAGCGAAUGGAGGCUGGGGCUCAGGGGGGAGAGGGGAGCCCUUUCCUGACAUCAGGGUGGGCCCCCCCUGAGAUAAGGGGGGAUAUGUCUUCCUCCCAGCAGCCGGUCCCCAGCAGGAGGGAGCCGGGAGAAGACUUGCUCCAGGAUGCGAACAUUCCUCCCGUGCCCAAGGCAAUGCACAUUUAUUUAGGGGAUUAAGCCCCAUGGAGCUCAGGUGGGGGUGUUAGAUUGGGAAUGAAACCCCCUUCUGUCCUGUGGGUCUUCCUGGCAAGCAUGGGCUGCGAGGGCUAAAUUAUUAGAUCUUGUUUUCAUUUAAGAUAAUAGUAAUAAACAGGAUGAUAGGCUGCUAGCUGAAGCACGGUUGUGGAGCAUCAUAUGCAAGGUUGGACUUGAAGACUGUCAGGGUCCCUUCCAUGAUCCUCUGAUUCUUCCUCCUUGAAAUGGGACUUUCCUCUUUUUUAAAAAAUGUGUAUUGCAGGCUUAAGUGCUGCACUUAUCUUUCUAACUAGAGAGGGUGAGAGUGACUGUGAGAAAGCAGCUCCCGUUGUGUCCCUGUGUUUCUCGCUUUCACCCUCGUUUUUUAUCACUUUGGCCAGGAGGAGGAGGAGAGGUGUUCUGUUUCUGCUAGCAGAAAUAAUUUGACUUUGUGUUCAAAUCGUGAGAGUGGAAAAGAGAAUUUGAGGAAAUAGUGAGAAGCAAGCAGUCGGCUUUGGAAAACCACAGGGCCCACCGGGCAAGCACUGGAAUCCCGCCCUUAAUGUGUUAUGGGAAGAAGAGAAAUCUUAAGUCACAAGGGGAGAUGGCGAAGUCUCACUCUGGUGAGCUGUUUCCUGACAUAUGGGGGAAGGGGAGAGGGGGAGCAGGAAAACAACAAGCAGCUGAUGGAUUAUUGGCAGGUAUGUUGCUCUCUCCACCCCCUAGACUUGUUUUGUACAGCUUGCUGUGCUGCAGGUUCAUUAUUUCCCGUCUGCUGGCUGCAGAUGGGGCUGUUAGCAGCGUUUGAGCUUUUCAGAGCUUGGGCAUUGAUGUAGCCAGCAGUAUGUAAACUCCAGUGGUCUUUCCAAAUCCGGUUCUCUCCUACACUCUGCUUGCAAAUUGAUUCUGUGUUGUCAGUGAUCUGCUUGGAAAUAGUCCAUCACUAGCCAGGGUUUGUAGAUACUUAGGGCUGAACUCAUGACUGCCUGUCCCUAUAGGCAAGCUGACUUCUAUUAUACUUGAAUAUAGCUCUUAAGACAAUGUGGCAGCUAGAAUUCUUAUCACAGUCAAAUUUUUGAAAAACAAUUUGGAUGCUUUGUAUAUUUCCCAUAGGUUUUUUUUUUUACUUCAAUUACAGGCAUAUACAUAAUAAAACUGUACAGAGGUGUAGCAUAAUAUGCUGCGUAUAUUAACUGUUAGUGCACUGUGAAAAGAGAAAACAAUUACCAACAAACUGCAUUUUAACAAAAACCUGUUAAAAUAUUAAGUUUAUGUUUUUGAUGAAACAGUGAGUAGAUAUAUUCGAAAGGAUUAAGAGUGCUGCAUGUUAUGGAUUCCAGAUAAUUUGUACUGCAAAAUAGAAACUUUGUAGUAAUGACACCAUAUAUAAGUAGACUGAGUAUGGUACUUAUAGAAGUAUGUAAUUGGUGCUUUUCCACAUGAAAAUAAGGUAGCAUUGAAAUAACUGACAAAAUAGUGUGUGGUAAACAUCAGGAUGAAAGCACAUUUUGAAAUCUAUAAUGUUUCAGUUUUAUAUUCAAGGCCCACUGGAGCCCAGAAGUCCCCCAGUAGGAAGAUACCACACUAUUCAUUUGAUUCAUGUGUUUUCUCUAUCUGAACGUAACUAGAGUGAUGUGAGACCGGAGUACAGUACUGCUGUGGUAAUAUCUGAAUUAGCACUACAGUGAAUUGGAAAAUAGGUGUUGAAGAAUUGUAAGAGUUAAAAUUCAGUGUUGAAAUUCAAAAGAAGAUUGUUUUUAAAAAGCUUGUUCUUACAUUGCAGUUUGGUGUUUGCCCAAUAAGCUUAUUUUAAAAAAAAACACACCCUGUUUUGUGCUAUGCUGGUUACUAUGUGCCCAUUUUCUACAUUACUGGGAAAAUGCAUAUUUACAUAUUUAUUUAUGAAGGUCCUAAGAAUCAAGUAGCAUCUAAGGCAGUCUUUGAGCUUUCACUUCAAUAUUGUUUUUGUGUUAUUUUGGUUUGUUGCAUUAGGAAAUUCAGCCCAUGGCAUCGGCAUGUUGUAGUUGCCAGUUCCGGGGACACUAAGAAUUCCUUUUUUAUCAAUUGCUUUUUGUUUUGCUUAUGCCCAUGCAGGCCUGCUUGCUCCCAUAUUAUGUUAGAUCUCCUCUUGCCACAAACAGAUAGGUACAUCAGUUUAACUAUAUGUGAUAGAGAACUGUAGAAAUUCACAAAUUUCUAUUAUCUUGUCUAUUUCUUCAAACUCAUUUGAGAAGAUUAACCUGAAUAUGCAUCCCCUGGGAAAUAGAUGAAUUUAUUAAGGAUCCUGUGAUGCCAUACCAUUUCUAAAGCCAACCUAUGGCUAGUUAGCAUUAAUGUUGUCCCUUGAUAUUUGAAAGUGAACUCUGCUACUACCUGUGUUUAUACAGUCAGCUCAGUGAUCCUUGGAUAACAGCCCCUAAACUCAUUCCCAACCUCUGAUCUGUUUUUACUUUCAAGAGGUGAAUGAGAGGUUGAAGUAAGCUAAAAAUGAUUCAGUGGCACGUGGCAGGAUGAAAAGCUUUCGGCUUGUCUCUUCUCCUUAAUCUCUGGAUAAGUAAUCCAUGUAAACAAUAGCCAACUUGUAGCUCUCGUAGAUGGAUAGAACUGAGUUACGACACUCACGCUGUGGAAAUGGUGGUAGCGCAUCCGCAAGUGACUUGUGCGUUUUGCUAUGCUUCUAUGGUUUUGUUGCUCAAAAGGAGAAUAAACAUCUUUAUUCUGGAGUCAUGGAUGGGCUCCCCUUUCAGUAACUUCUUUAGAUGAGACUCCAAAACAGGAAAGAGGAUGCGAGUUCCUUGCACAUUUUCUUCCUACUAUUGCAUGCCAUGUGAAAAGUCAUCUCCAAUUUCCUGCAUAACUUUGACGCACAUAGCUGAAUGCAAGUCAUGACCAAUGCAGUGUGGUCUCCCAAGUCCCCAAGCAAUCAGUGUUUAUUGAGCCCCUGGUCAGCUGACAUGCCUGAUUGGUGGGCUACAAUUGUCUUGGUGGAUCAAACGUUUUCCAGCCCUGCUUGAAAGAAACACAAUAACUUUUGAAUGACUGAGAAAUAGUCAAGGGCAGGCAUAGGCAAACUCGGCCCUCCAACAGUUUUGGGACUGCAACUCCCAUCAUCCCUAGCUAACAGGACCAGUGAUCAGGGAUGAUGGGAAUUGUAGUCCCAAAACAACUGGAGGGCCGAGUUUGCCUAUGCCUGGUCAAGGGGAAAGGAGCUGAAAGUGACAAGAGUGAAAGUUUGGGAUAACCACCUCUGAAUACUGAAUGUGUAAGCAAGCUCCAAACUGCCCAUUUUUAUUCAACAUCCCAAAAGCUUAAACAGUUUUUAGAAGAAUUGAGGAUCCCUGCUCUUAAGCGCAAAACAUCACAGUAUAAAUGGAUAAUUGUAUCAAUGCUGAAAUAACAUGUUUUUUUUAAUUAGACAAACAUACUGAACCAAAAUACCUAUUUGUAUACAACAGAUGAUAAAUAACAUAGAUGAACCUGGUAAUAAAGAGAUACCAAAGGUUUCAACACAUUUCAACCUCAAAAUGUUAUUAGUGGGAAAUUGUACAAUUUAAAAAUAAAUCUCUGUAUGCAGGAUAUUAUAGAACCCAAACAUUUUGAUUAGGUAUGGAUACUUAUUUCAGAAGUAGGAAAUCUGUGGCCCUUGAGAUGUUGUUGGACUCCAACUCUCAUCAGCUCCAGCCCGCAUGGCCAGCUGUUAAGGAUGGUUACAGAUAUGGAGUGCCACAGGUCCCCCACCAUUAAUUUAGUUUAUUAAAUAACAUGUUAUUGUAUACUUUUUAAUUUAACGUCUUGGAUUGGUUUAGCUUGGUUUAUGGUUAACACUAGAUCAUAUUUUUGUUUUGUUGAAUUUAUCAAGCAACAUCCUUGAUGUGAACAUGGAUGAUUGAUACUGAAAUAUGUAGGAUUUCACAAUUUGUGUAUAUAAAUUUGAUUACUUGGAUAUCUGUCACAUCAGAACAUUAGUAGGUACCUUGUCCAAAUAUAAUCAUGAAUAUAUACAGUCUGGCAUCAUAGGUUAAAAUCCUGUUAGUUGCAGUGUGUGUUGAAUGCCUCUUAAGCCUCUCAAAGUUCAGAACUUUCAUGAUGGAUUACAUUAAGAGUAUGCUAUGUUGCAAAUGAACUAUUGUUUUAUGUUGUGAAAUAUCCUGUUAGAAACAAAAAUCCAAAGGAACUGUGGGGAAGAUUCUACAAAUGUGGUUGCCUUCAGAGUCCUGGAAUCUCUUUCUGACAACAGACUGAAAUAUCUCUCUUCCUUCCAGUUCUUUGUGCCUCACAGAAAACUGGGGUGAAUAGGGAUGUGUAUCUUACUUUACAUGGUCUGCUACCGUCUGGAAUCCUGUGUGCAUGUUGGGAAACCUGGAGAAUGUUCUCAGCAAGCCAGAAUAUGUGAACUGAUGACUAUAGUGAUAUAAUUUUGAAUAUCUGGGACUAUUUCAAGUGUUAUUGAUCUCAGUUUCAUAUUUAGUAGCAUUGGUUCUCAAAUUCUUCAUUAGAGAAGACAUAUUUUCUCCUUUCACCUGAAGCAAACAACAUGUCAGCUUUGCUGGGUCUUUGGCCAGCAUUUGAAAAUAAGUGUUUUCCAUUAUACAGUUCACAUUUUUUAACACUGAUAUGAAGAUUACUCUUGUUGAGGGCAGAGAAUUUAAAUGCUACCAAAGAAAAUAAUCUUCAUAUUUGUAGACAGUCCUUUCUACAAAAAGCUCAUUGGGGUAGUCUAAUUUCAUCUGCACAACAGUCCUCUGAGGUAAGCUAGGUGGGUAAAAGGUAAUAUUAUGUCUGAUUUGGUAUUUGAACCAAAGUUCUAUUCCAAGUUGACUACUCUGCUCAAAGAGUAAUCUUUGAAUAUAAUGUGUUACAAUGGAAUACAAACAUGUGUGCAUGCACACACAGAGACACAUGAGUUGGAUGUGGGCCAGUAAAUUGAAGCUGAAUCCUGAGAUGUGUUCUGAGUUAUUGAGUCUAGAAAGUGGGAAGACAUCAUGUUCUGGCUGUGUUUGCACUGGGAGGAAGGAGCAGGUCUGUAGUUUUAGGGUUUUCUUGGAUCCAAAGCUGUCACUGGAGGCUCAAGGAGGCUUGGUAGCUAGCAGUGUUUAUUUCCAGCUUUGGCUGGUUCGCCAGCUGUGGCUUAUUUUGGAGAGAGAUGCCUUGGCCAUUGUAUUCCACAUUCUGGUAACUUCCAGACUGGUCUAUUGCCAUGUGAUCUACAUGGGACUACCCUUGAGGACUAUUGGGAAACGUCAACUGGUCCAAAGUUCAGCAGCCAGAUUACUGGCCAGGGUUCUAUUUUGAAUUCAUAUAACCUCCGUUUUAAAAUACCUGCACUGGUUGCCAGCUUGUUUCUGGGCCCAAUUCAUGAUGCUCACAUUAGUGUUUAAAGACCUAAGCUAUUUAGACUCAAGUAUCUGAAAGACUGCCCAGAAGGGCUGAAAAUGGUUCUCCAUGUCUGGCUUAGAACUUUUGGCUCCAUUGCAUGCCAUAAAUAUCUACACCAUUGGGUUACAACACUUAAUAGCUAAGCUGGUAAGUGUGCAAUUGCCUAUUUUGUGAGGGAGUUGUCUGUUGGAAGAGGCAACACCAAUUCUCUUCACAUGCCCUCAGUAUACACAGCAGAGUAGUUUGAGAAGUUUGAAAGGAGUCUACAGCCCCCUAGCAAUUGGUUAGCAUCUCCAAGACCCGCUGCUCUUUCUCUUAGAUGUUAGAAGCUUGAAUUCCAUACUUAACCAAAUUAAUGAUGUAAAAUAAUAAAUGGAAUACAGUGGUACCUUGGGUUACAUACGCUUCAGGUUACAUAUGCUUCAGGUUACAUACUCUGCAAACCCAGAAAUAGUGCUUCAGGUUAAGAACUUUGCUUCAGGAUAAGAACAGAAAUUGGGCUCCGGCGCCGCAGCGACAGCAGGAGGCCCCAUUAGCUAAAGUGGUGCUUCAGGUUAAGAGCAGUUUCAGGUUAAGAAUGGACCUCCAGAAUGAAUUAAGUACUUAACCCGAGGUACCACUGUAUAGACUUAUUAUUUAUAAACAUCCAUUGUUAAUUACUAGAUGCGUGCUACUUAUAUGAAUUUCAGCAUAAAUGUCCAAGUAAUUUUGAAUACCACCAGAAGGAGUUUGCAGAUAAGUGCUACUCUGACUCCCAACUCGAUUUUAUAAAGCUUCACCUUUCUUUAAAAUUUAGGCAUAUUUAACUUGAAAGCUUAUUUAAAAUUCAAUUGGUGGUUUCCCUAAUUGAUACAGUAGUGGUUUUGCUCAAUACCAAAUAUUUUUCAAGCUCCUUUUCUCACCACCUCUCAACCUUUAAUGCUUUCACACAGUAUAAAUGGUCUGUUCUGGUUUUCUUCUAAGUUGUGUAACUUUUGUGGCAUAGCAGGACUGAUAAUGAGAUUAAGCAGGCAUACAAAUAUUUAAUACUGUGUAACUCUUACUUUGGUUGCUGUUGAAAGAUUCUGGAUUUUCAGACCUUGUGGAGAAAAUUUUGAAAAUAUAACUGCAUUCUUUUUUGUGUAACUUUUGAAAUACAACCAGUGCGUGUUUCAGGAUUCUUUGCAAUCUGAAAUAGAUUAUAUAUUUUAAAAAGCAGGAUGUGAAUUACAAGGAAGAGUGAAUAGCAGUUUACAGCUGUAGACCAUGAUUAAUCACAGGAGUAUUUGCUCACAUAAGUGUGUUGAAGUGGCCAGUCCUGGCUCAGCACAAACUGAAACCAGGAAUCCAGGUCCAUUUCAUAACAGGCUUUAAAAAUCAAAUAUAUGCAUUCUUUCUCUUCUGUAUGCAUCCUCAUAUACAUAUUGAUACAUGUUACACACUUGCACUAUACCACUGUCUGGAAAAUGUUGGAAUACAAGAGAGUAGCAACCUAUAAUUGGAAUUUAUUAAUGAAAGAAGAAGAGUGCAUUGUGCAAUGGGAAAAUAGCAAUAGUGUUUGAUAGGAAUCUGGGGAGGUUGUACCACUGCAGCAAAAUAAAAAAGUUUAUUCUGCAUGGGAAAGCUCUUUUAUUAAAUAUAAAUAUAUUUGUAUUUAAUAUCUUUAAUAGUUCUAGUUUAUGAGAAAAUGGCUUCAAGAACCACAAGUUCUGUGCUUAUUGCAAAAUGUAACUGAAAAGCAUGUAUAGUGCCUUGGUUAUUUAAAAAAAUGUGUAUAGAGGAUAUCAUUGGAACAGCCUUUCUCAACCUUGAGUCCCCAGAUGUUGUUGGACUACAACUCCCAUCUUCCCUGACCUCAGGCUUAAGAGCUCCACUCUCCAUCCUGCUGCAAUCAUGAGGAGGAGAUUAGUAGUUUUCACUUCCUUUUUCAACUAACUGCUGUUUAGGACAUAAUUGCUACCUGAAAAACUGUGGUUAGUCUACACUUAACUGUGGUUUAGGGCAGUGGUAGGGACCUUCUGAGUUUUUUGGACUCCAAGUCCCAUCAGCUAAUGAUUAUUCCUAAAGAAGUGAUAAAUAGCCAUAUUACCUGCCCAUCAGCUCUCAGAUGCCACAACAGUUCUCCUUGGCAAGUGGUUCUCCAGGGUCUUCGGAUAAAGUUUUUCCAUAUGCUUGACCCUUUUGACUGGAAAUAACAGUCUUGGGGCCUUCUGUGUGGAAAGUAUGUGCUCUGUCCUUUCUAGUUAUGAGCCUUUGAUAAUGAAAGGGAGUAACGUACAAGCAUUAACAUUCUCGUAUGAAUUUGAUUUGCCCCAUCUCUUCAGGUUAGAAUUGGAAAAUAACGCUUUGCUUUUACAUGCAAGCUGGAAUUUGUUUUUCUCUAGGAUGUGCUCAUGGGGGGAUAUGAAUUUGCUGUGAUUGGUUUUUCUUUUUUUUUCUUUUUCCGCAAAAGCUGUGGGGGGCAGACUUCAUUACUGAGGUAUGCCAGACCUCACCAUAACAUGCCACAUACACUUUGAAAGGUUUCCCCCCAGUGAUUUUUGUGUCAAGAGUGUUUAUUACUUACCCAGAGAAGGAGAACAUCCUUAGUUUUUGCUUGACAUUCUCAUUUGACCAUGUUAGAAUGUUUUUUCUUUUCUUUUCAGGAACCUUAUUGAGGAAGUAUAUUGUUUUUUUAAUUCAUGAAAUCAAACAUUCUAGAGAAAUCUUUGAGACACUAUGAUUUGGUACUUGAGAUGCAAUACAAAAUCACUUGUACAGCCCAAAGCUUUGAAAGCUAGGGUAGCUGUCACCAAUAUUAUGCUGAAAGCGCAAAACAAAGGAAUAGGAAUCAGUCAAAUUACAUUUUCAGUGAUGCUAAAUUAUAGGGAAGCAGUUUGUUCCCAUCUAUUAUAUGCCCUUGAAAUUAAAGGUUAUAACAAACUGUUAGUGGUACUUAUAUGCCAACACUAUUCUCUUUAAUCUUGUGCUUGUGGUUUGUACUACUUGAUCUUGAAACGGGAUGAAAUGUUCUCUAGAAUGGUCCCCCCUGGUAAUCCUGAGCUUCUCAAAUGGGAUAUGUGACAAUCUAUUCCUUCUCCACAGUAUGAUUUCCUCCACCACCGUAUUCUGGUAUGCUGUUGAAGAAAUUUCAACUACAGUAGUGGCAUUUGAUGGCUUUUGCUACAUCACUUCCUGAAGGUGAUAUCCAACUUUAGGCAUAUUCAUAGCAGAACUACUAAAACCAGUUGACACAAGUCCGUUGAUUUUAAUGAGUCUGAGCUGAGUAUGACAAAGGUUGGAUAUCACCCUGAAUACUUCCACUAAAAUACCUGCUGCUUCAUAGUAAUUGACCCCUUUCACGCAAAAAACACUGUGUAAACUCAUAAAACAAAGAAUAGCUCCCCUGAAGUUGGAUAAACUCCCUAAUCCAAAACUGGCGCCAAACAUUCACAAAGGUGCAUGUUGAGAUAUGUUAGAAAAUAGACCCCAGCAUUCUUCACUAAGUAGGUAUAAUCUUCAGCAGAACCUUAGUUAGGCUGCUUCAUGAAAUUUUCAACCAAAUGGAAAAAAGCUUCAUUUGACACUUUCAAUAGUGAAGCCUGUUUAACAUAUUGGGUAGUCCAUGUUUGUUACUUACAAUUACAUUGCUAGUAAAUGCCCAAAUGGUGGGUCUUCCAGCUUUGGAGAGCUCUAGCUGGAAUUCACCCUUUGGGUAUGAUCCAGACACUUUCUGCAAAUUAGGUUUGGGUACGUCCUCAUUUGGGCCAGGCCCAACAAAGACCUGUAUUUUUUGAGAGAGAAAUCUCAAUUAGCCUUCACUUCCCUCCUGGUCUUUAAACUAUUAGCCUGCUGCUAUCAAAAUGUUUACAACUUCCUUAGAAGCAGAAAUUGAUUAAAGAAAGACAGGAUAGGUAGUAUAGUUGUUGCUUCUCUAAUCUGUGCCUACCGAUACUUUUUUUUUCUCUUGUAGACCCUUCUGAUAACCUGAGAGAGAUUCUCCAAAAUGUGGCCAAAUUGCAAGGGGUUUCAAAUAUGAGAAAGCUAGGCCACUUGAAUAACUUUACUAAGGUAAGAAUUUUUAUAAUAGUUAAAGCAUUUGUGUGUGUGUGUUUGGUUUUGGUUUUUUUGCAUCAUGCCAAAUCAAUUGAUUCAGUUGGCAAAUAAAAAAUAAUCAUGGUAUGGAAAACUUGUGAGUGAAUGAUGUAGUGAUGGGAUGAUAAAAGUGAUGAAGGGAAAGUGAUUAAAAAUCACUGUAUCCGUUCAUUAAUGUUUUGCUGAAUAUUACUUACUUGGUCAUCACAAGCUUUGUGCUACAGGAACUUGAGCCAGAACUUUAAUGCAGUGGGUGGUAUUCAGCUACAUUUUACUCUGACAAGGUCCAUUGAAAGUCAUGGAACUAUCUUUUUAAAUUUCAGUAGGUCUGCUCUGAUUAUAAUUUAGUUGAGUAGAAUUCUAUGCAGUGAAAGAAAUGGUUGAAGUAUCUUUGACAGAAAAAAUAUUCGUCAUUUUGGAUAUAGAUGGAAAUAGGGAUAUGUAAGACGUGUAACAAAAGAACCAAAAGAAAAGUGUAUUGAAAGAUAUGUACAGUACAUCAGAAGUACAUGAUCUUAGGAAUACUAUUUUAGAUAGAGAGAUUGUAUAAAUGAACUGCCAUUGAGAUCUAUUUAUUUUAUUUCAUUGGUUGUAAACUGCUUUGAGGUUUGUUUUGUUUUUUUACAAAGAGAAUAAAACAAUAAAAGUAGCAGUAAAAACAAUUAUUUAAAACAUUCAGAAAAUAAAAUCAGCAAUAAGCUAAAAAAAGAUUAAAACAUACAUAAACAUUCUUCUACAUGUCUGGGUAGGUUUGCCUAAGCAAAAAUGUUUUUAGCAGGCACCGAAAACUGCUUCCUACAGCCAAUCAGAAGCCACGGUUUGGUUUCCGAACGUUUUGGAAGUCAAAUGGACUUCCAGAAUGGAUUCCAUUUGACUUCCAAGGUACGACUGUAUUGUAUAUGCCUUGUUAAUGCUUUGAGAUGUUUCAUGGGAAGAGAUUCAUAAAUGGAAUUAAAUAAAGAAUGUGCACCACAUUAAGACCAGAAAUAUUGAAGUUUGGCACUCAAGUGUAAUUGUGCUAGCUGCAUUUUUGGAAAUUACAUUUAAAUAGUGGAAAGGGAAAAGUUUGAAGUUUUAUCCUUUUAAACAGUAAUCUCCUCAGACACUUUCACUGAAUGCAGGCCACUAGCUUUUUAGAGUUUCUGCGUGAUGCAGUGGUUUGACAUAUAUUCCAAUAACUAAAUCUUCUAUUUAGGGGAAAGACAGAGGGAACUAGUGAUAUGAUCGCUAAACCAUGUGAGUGUCACACACUUGUGUCUCUCACUUGUCAUGAUUUCACUGGAUCAAGUAACAGGCAUAGCUGACUGCUGACCAACAGAACUUAAAUAAUAUUUGUAGAAUUGCUUUAGCUCAUUUUGACAACAUACCUAGCAAGCAGUUGAGUUCUUAAAAAAAAAAAAAGUGUUUGAGGGGGGAAAUGGAUGUAAUAGCAGAAAGCUGGAGGUCAUUUCCAUGCUGUGAAGUGUCAUGAGGAGAUGGGGAGCUUCCCUAAUUCCUCAUGCAGUUUGGGGGAGUCAUUUCGUGUACUUUUGUGCUGGUGGGGAUACAUUAAUUCCCUAUUCUUUAUUGUAUUCUAUUUAUGGAUGGCCAGGCAAUUUACAUUAAAAGCAGAGGGGUUUUUUCCCCAAAAAAUGCCUGUUGUCAGAAAAAGGAAACCACAACAAACCACCUUCAUCAGGAAGGUUUUUUUCAGUUUCUUUGUGGCUGUGUUUUAGUUUUUUAUUUGCAAAAAAAUAAUAAUAAUCUGUGCACAUGCUGAGUCCUUUAAGAAACCUGUUACCUUGUCUGUGGGUGGCCCUGCUUUGCUAUUCUGCUGUUUGGCAGGGGAUCAGGAACUGUGCAGUUGGAAGGAAUGAUAACUUUUCUCCUUUUUCUUUCACUGUGGCAGCAGCAGUAACGCCUGAUAGUUCUAACUGUAAGCCACUGUUUAUGCGAUGACUCAGCCCUGUAGCUUGAACCAUGGCUAGGUGCUAUCCUGGAAGCUUUCGCACUUAAAAUAUGUAGCUUCAAUAUUAGUGUAGCGAAAUGGUAGAGUGUUGGACUGGCACUUGGGAGUUCGAAUCCCCACUCAGCCCUGAAGCUCACUGGGUGACCUUGGGCGAGUCACCAUCUCUUAGCCUCAUCUACCUCCUAGGGUUGUUGUGAGAAUGAAAUGGGGAGAGGGAGAACCAUAUGCACUACCUUGAGCUCACUGGAAUAUAAAGGUGGUAUAUAAAUGUAAGAAAAUAGAAAAGAAAAAAAAAUCUCUACACUAAAAGUAAUGUUUUUGGUAUUUCCAACAACUACUCAGAAUGUGUUGUACAUGCUAAGCAUUGUCAAUAAGUAACAGUGAGUUCACCAUAUACGUUUUUAAGAUACCGUACUGCCUUUUUGGUUAUUUACUGGUUGUAAACUAUAGAGAUGGGUAACUUCGUGCCUGGGGGUGGAAGGUGGCAUUCCUGGCCUCUGUUUAACCCAUGAGAUUCUCCUCUGUCUUAUGCCCCCAUCCCCUUGCCAGAUGCCUCACCUUCAAUGAGUGCAUUUCCCUGGCAGGAAUGUGUCAUUGAACUGUGAUAAUGCCUCUGGCUUGCCUUGAUGGAGGGGUGUCUGUAGAAACCUCUGACUUUUAUAUGGCAGGAAUGUAGAUUACCAUAGAAAGGUAAGACUUAACAUCUGUUAUUCUGCCCACGUUUUCCCCUCUGACCUGCCCACCAUUGGCACUAUAGAAUUCAACCCUCAGGCUGAAGAAGCCCCCCCCCCCCCGCUGCUGCCACCCACUGUUGUAAACCAACAUCCCACUUCCCCUCUUCCAAGUGUUUAUAGUAGGAUGACACAUUCCGGCCCCCCAUGAAAAAAUGUUUUCUUAAAGAGUACUUGCAAGUUAAAGUUUGUUUAGUGGUGUAUAACCUAACCCGUUUUUUUGCAGAGCUGAAAAAAUGCUUUUCACUUGAAUUUCACUUUUCUAGUUUCUAUCCCUUUAAGAUAUUCUGCCACUUACCUGGAAACCUUUCUGUUGGAAGGUGACCUGCUUAUCUGUGUUUUUAACAGCUGAAUCAUAUAACGCAAUCUUUAUCCUCUUGGCAGCCUGUAUUUAUAGAUGUAUAAACUAACGCGGCAGCAGUGAAUUUGCACUUUUGCAAAUGUCGAGAGUGGCAGAGGUUGGCUCCAUGCACUUCAAAAUGAAUAGUUCCGCAGAAAUAGAUUGGACAAGGACGUGAAACUAUUGUCAUGAAACUAAUUUCAGUCAUUUGAAUUAUCAGCAUAUUUUAUUUAAAGUACUUUUUAAAAAAAAAAAUAAAGGUUUGCUAAAAUGCAAUAAGAUCUUAACACAUCUUUCUCUUUCAGCAAUACCUUGAAAAUAAUUGCUUAGUUUGGUUAUAAGACCAGAAAGCCAGGGAGAGUUUUGAGUAGCUGUGGAGAAAAGUGAAUCAUAGAAUCAUAGAGUUGGAAGAGACCACAAGGGCCAUCGAGUCCAACCCCCUGCCAAGCAGGAAACACCAUCAGAGCACUCCUGAGUGUGUUUGAGUGUGUUUGACUUGUUACAAAACUCCUUACCCGGCCAGUUGACAUACACAUUUUUUACUUGCAGCUUCUUUGUAAUGCUGGUCAUACUGAAGAAAAGCUAGGUUUUACUUAUGAAAACAUCAUCAUAUGGUAAGUCUCUCUCUUUUUUUUAAAAAAAAUAUUUAUUACUUUUUCAACAAUUUAAACACUACAAAAAAAAGAACAAUACAAUACAAUACAAUACAAAACAAUACAAAAACACUACAUAACACUAACACAUUAAACUAACAAAACAAAAACAGUUUAAAACACAUCAAACAAUUUCAAUAUGUCUCUCUCUUUUUAUAUUGGAGCAUUAUUUGGACCAUUCAUGAAUGAUAAGCUAGUGUUUCUGUGACUGUUGUUUCAGUUGUAAGUUAAACAGCAUUUUGGAUGCCAAUGUGUUGAGGUCAUGAUACAGAUUGUUCUGAGUAUGUGGCAGGUGCUCUAUCCAUUGCAGAGUUCUUGAUUCUGAUAAUGCAUUAGAAGCUGAAGACCAGAAACAUCUCAGCCAUGAGCAGUUCUUGUGUUGGAGGAAGGAGAUACUAGUCUAGGCUCUGGGCCCCUUUUGUCAUUUUUUGUUCCUUAACUUCUACCCAGUAACAUUUUUUCUACCCAGUCUUUGGUCAUAGGGAUGACCUGUAGAAAUGCUUGGUGUGAGCCUGGUAGCUUGUCUCAGAUGGCACAGACAGGCUGCUGUUUGCCAGGUUUUCUACUCAGUCCAUCGUGUAGAAAAUCUGUGAGCAAUUUAUCAACUCAAAAGUCUGAUUUUACAAAGUUAGCUAAAGACCUGCAGGAUUUCUUAAAACUAUUGCAUUGAAAUUGUGUUAAAGUAAUAUGCUUAAUAUUUUAUAAGCACAAAUACGAAAGGUGCUUUUUUGUAGUGGAAAAUGUCUGUAAAAAUCUCUUAUCCAGUGAAGAAUCUUGAUAUUCACAAUACUGUGUUGUUCUCUGCUAAGUUUGUGUAUCAGAAAAUAUUAUUUAUUUUACCAUUAGCAUGGGCAGCAGUCCACAUCUCAUUUACUGCUAAAUUCAGCAGAACUUGUACAGAAUAAGUCUAUAACCUUGCUUCAUUAAAAUCAGUGAGAAUUUAGCACUUGUUGUCUAUAGCAGUUAAGCACUUGUUGUCUGUAUAGUUGCACCUUGGUUCUCGAACGCCUUGUGACUCAAAUGUUUUGGCUCCCAAACACCGCAAACCCGGAAGUAAGUGUUCUAGUUUGCAAACUUUUUUGGGAAGCCGAACAUCCGAUGCAGCUUCCGAUUGAGUGCAGGAAGCUCCUGCAGCCAAAUGGAAGCUGCACCUUGGUUUUUGAACGUUUUUGGAAGUCAAAUGGACUUCCGGAAUGGAUGCCAUUCAAGAACCAAGGUAUGACUGUAUUGUAAACAAAUAUAGUGAUAUAUUACUUUCAUGGGCAAUGAAACCACCCAAAAGGUUAUGGAUCACUUCUGUGUGAUCAGCUUCCUGUUACCAAUCACUACUUCAAAUCUGAGUGCAGAUUUUAUUUUAUUUUUAUUUUUUGGGUUGUAGACAUUCACUUGAAGUCUAAUCUGAUAUUUAAAACAAGAUGUGACAUUGCAGCAGCUUGUGAUAAUUCUUGUGAUAAUUCUUGCGAUAAUUCCUAAUAUUUUAGCAAUUCUUUAAUUUCUACUUUAGGUAGGGAAGUGGCUAGUGGACUGGAUCCAGUUCCUACCCUACCUUUAAUUAUAAUUUUUAAAAAGUGCAAAUGAAUCCAGACAAGAGAAACUAGCACCUCCUAUCUAAUUAUUGGUAUUAAAGAAUCAUUACAUUAACAGAUUGCUAGAGCUAUUAUCUGUCUUUGAACUUCUCAACUAAAAAUCCAGUUAAUGUGUGCCAGCCGUAGAAAGAAUGGAUUCCACAGUCAAAGGGCCUAAGGCAGAUAAUUCCCUGAAAUAGCUACAGAGGUAAGCAAAAACAGUCUGUCACUAAGCAGUGCGAUCAGAAUAGCUUCCCUAACCCUGAAAGUGGUGAACAAUUGGCCUCUGUUUGUGCAAGCGGGACCAUCCAGCUGAGCUUUUGAGACGCAUAAGCUCUUUAGCACUGAUUUUUUUUUUUAACCAAAGAAGCUUCAGAACAGGAAGUAUUGGGCCACACACAUUCCACACACCCUAGCCCAAAUAAUGACAUCACAGGCUGAGAUGGUAAGUAUUGUUUAAUAUUCUCUGCACUGUUGGUUGGAUUUUACAAAUUGGCAUUGGUGGGAGCGUCCAACCAGCUUUGAAGUGGAAACCAAAUUACUUAUUACUAAGCUGCUGAAAACUAGGUGUUCACAAUUGUGUAACUAUUUAAAAUGAGGACAUGCUCUUCAUGGAAACAGGCAGUCUUAAUUUACUUUCAUUAUUAAUAUUGUUUUCAGCAAGGAGAAGAAAAUGCGAAGCAGUGGAGAGUUUUGCUUACAUCUUGGGUGUUAAAAUGUCUAACAUGAAUAGCUGUGUACUUAAGCAUGGAUCUGUUCCUGUCUCGCAGAAAGGAAGAGCGAGUCUGUUUUUAGCAAAAGGGACACACUUAAUUAUUUAAAGCCUGAGUGAUUUUCUUAUCAUUUGCAUCAUAGUUUGCGAUUAGCUUUACUGAAUGAAGCAAAAGAGGUGCGAGCGGCAGGGCUGCGAGCCCUUCGAUACCUUAUCCGAGACUCCAGUAUUCUGCAGAAGGUGUUAAAAUUAAAAGUGGAUUACUUGAUAGCCAGGUAAUAAUAAAUUGAUACUGUAUUUGAAAUCUUUUUCCUGAUUUGGAUAAUGAAUCACCGUUUAUAUGACUCUUUGAACCUUUUCGUUUGAGCAGAUCGCAACCUGUUACAUUUAAUAUCCAUAGAUGCCUGCUUUGAGUGACGUGAAAUAAUAAGGGUUGUAUGCAGCAGCGUCACUCAGCUGAUGGUCAGGCUUUCUUUGAUGGAAUGAGGAGAGAAGAAAUAUUUAGCAGUUCCCCGCCCACCCUGCAGCCUCCUGUGUCUCCCUGCAUUGCUCUGGAGGGGCGCCCCAGCUCUCUGGAACAGUUUUAGGAGAGGCAAGAGGCUUUAAGGUGAAGUCGGAACCACUGAAAAUUAUUUUACUCCCUGUUCAUUGAUAGAAGCCUCACCACUAGCUGAGUGACACUGCUGGCUACAAUCCCAAAUGCACAACUUUUCAAAAUAAACUUAUUUUGAAAUUGGAAAUGGGAGAAACACGACUAAUCUCUAAAUAUUGAUUGCAUAGCCUGGUUUUAUUGAAAGAUUGCCUCAAAUAUAUUGUUACAUUGUGUUUAGCUGGUUGCACAGAAUUGUAAAUUGAGGGCCUUUGAUGCAAGUUUGGACUGUUUUGCACCAGUCAUCUCAAUAACUUGAACCUUUGCUGCUAUACGUUCAAAAGUAAAAAACGAAUAUAUCUGGGAAAUGCACGGCUGUUUUAAAAUGCGCUACAUUCUGCCACCUUGAACCCUAAUUAAAGUAUUUCCUCCUCAUUUUUAUGCUUUUAGGUGCAUUGACAUACAGCAGAGUAAUGAAGUAGAAAGGACACAAGCACUUCGUUUAGUCAGGAAGGUAUGUUCGGAAACAAUAGCAUAGUGCAAUUUUCUGCUGAAUAACCCAAAACCAAAUUCUGUAUGACUGUGGAAGAAGCCGUGUUGGAAACACCGUGUUGCUAUAAUGUGUGAAAUGGCUGGAGUUUUGCAACUGUGUUGCAAAUAGAGUUGUAAAAAUAGAAACAGAGUGUACAAAUGCAACAGCUAGUUAGUAUCCAUAAGUUCCAUGAAAACUGCCUGUGAGUAGGGCAGUUUACUGUCUCUUCUUCCCACUGUUGUAUAGCCCUGUAUGCUCUCCCAUACAGGUAAGGAGAUCAGGAGCCCUCAGACCAAGGACAAAAUAAUGACAUUCAAAACUACUUCUGUCAAUUCGAUUUCCUUUUCACACUCAAUCACUGCAGUUAUGUAUAGAGCUACUAACAGGUAUUUUAUCAGUAGGUAUUAAGUUGUAAAUUUGAAGCAAUAAGCCAAAUCACUUAAAAGUAUUUCAUAAGAUGGGAUUUUAUUUCUGCUAUAGUUUUAGCAUGCCAAAUGAUAAACAAACUACAGUGGUACCUCGGGUUACAUACGCUUCAGGUUACAUAUGUUUCAGGUUACAGACUCCGCUAACCCAGAAAUAGUACCUCGGGUUAAGAACUUUGCUUCAGGAUGAGAACAGAAAUCGUGCUCUGGCAGCGAGGCGGCAGUGGGAGGCCCCAUUAGCUAAAGUGCUGCUUCAGGUUAAGUACAGUUUCAGGUUAAGAACGGACCUCUGGAACGAAUUAAGUACUUAACCCGAGGUACCACUGUAAUAAGCAAUCUUCCUUUUUCAGUUGUGUAAUACAGACAAAAUUUGUUAGUAAAAGAAUCCAAGCCACAAUAAGUGGUCACUUGUUUGUACUUUCCUGCCACCCAUGAUGAGCAUAAGUUUGUUCAUGCCUUCAGUGCAAGAACACAAGUUCUUGUAUUUCUGAAAGAGAUUGCUACUCUGUUUCUAGUGUAAUGGUACAAAAUACAAAUUAAUUAAAUGAAAAUUUAUCUUGUUGGUGGGAGAAGGGUGUAGCUUUUCCUUUGAAGUCUAGUCUAAAGGAGCUUCCUGUUACAUAGUAUCAGAUGAUGAUUUACAAAGCAAGAGUUUCUCAAAAAUAUUGUAAAUCUUUCAUUGUUGAAAGACAACUUGCAAAUAAAGCAGAUUCCUCCCUCCCAUUCUGUCAUAAGUAGGAAAGGAAGAAAUUUGAUGAGUUCCUAUAACUAGACUAUAUAAAGGGCCACAUAGUCCAUUGCAUCAUAGUAGCUGUUCCAACAUUUCCCGCAGUAACUGGAAAUUUCUUUGCCAGAGCAAAGCCAAUAUACAUGUCUUACACCAGGCAUAGGCAAACUCAGCCCUCCAGGUGUUUUUGAGACUACAAUUCCCAUCAUCCCUGACCACUGGUCCUAUUAGCUAUGGAUGAUGGGAGUUGUAGUCCCAAAACAUCUGGAGGGCUGAGUUUGCCUAUGCCUGUCUUAUACAAACCUUUCCCUAAUUUAGAAAGGUGGGAAAACAGUGAUUGGAGUAUACAGUGCUCAGCCUCUUCCUCUUUUUGGACAGUUGUUUUUAUUAUGUAUAUCUUACUCCACUUUCCUCCAAAAGGUUCUUGUUUUCCUUUGGGGGACUUCCCACAUUACUUUUGAAAAGUAUUGGAGGUCCCUGAGACCUAAGCCGAUGUUGUAUUUGAGGGGGAGAAAUACUGUGUGGUGGUGAAUCAUGCCUGCCUUGACUUGCUUCUGGUGUGCUUGCUGAUGCCUGACAUUCAUGCACUUGAAUGGGGUUGCAUAGGAGGCCACACAUGUAGGUCUAAUGGGUGCAAUCUUGAUAUUCUGUUUUCGUAGUGUAUAAAUUACAUGGAUUAGGCUUUUGCACAUUGUGCUGUAUGUGUGGAGGCCCUGAUGCAAACAUGACAUCCAUUGUGCAGAUGUCAUGCGGAGGCAGUAUGGCUCUGCAUGAUCCUUCUCAAAUACAAUGGCUGCAUAGAGGUAUGGAGACCCUGGGAUUAUUUGCUUUUCUAAGAAAAUGCAUGAGCCCUGUGCUGCUGUUUGGUUUCCAGCUUUGCCCCACAAUUUAUCUGCUGUGAACACUUCAGGACAGAAGGGGCCAUUCUUGGUGAACACCAUUUAGCCAUGCAUUAGAAACAGCUUCUUGAGUGCAUAUCUGCUACUCCCUAGUUUAAUUGAACCAGAAGGCCCUGAAGAGAACUCUGCAUGGUCGUGCAGUAGAUUCUUUAUCUUAGUAUGGUGUCUAACCUUUUACGGUACAUGUUCAUCUUUAUGUAUUUGUCGAAGAAACUGUUUAAAAAGAAUGUGGAAGCAAAAGAGCAGAAUACUGAGCCCAAACGUGCAGGUGGGAGAAAGAGUUUGAUACAAACAUAUAGAAGAACCAUUAGUGUAUUUCUGUAAUCCUACUGUAAUGUUGCUGUGACAAACCCAUCUCUCCAUUUCUUUUUGCAUUUCUUUGCAGAUGAUCACUGUGAAUGCUUCAUUAUUUCCUAGUUCGGUUACCAAUUCCUUGAUAGCUGUUGGAAAUGACGGCCUUCAGGAGAGGGACAGGAUGGUUCGAGCAUGUAUUGCAAUUAUCUGUGAACUAGGUAAGAAAGUUGAAAAGUAUUAUAGUUUUGUUGCAUAUUUUAAUUAUGGACAUUUAUAUUUCAGUGUUUUAAUGGGUUUGUUUUAUUGUGUGCUUUAAGUAUGGUGUAUUUUUAAUUAUUUUGAAUUUUAAUAAUGUACAAUUGGUUUCUGUGUUUUAUAAAUGGAUUAGAAGCCUAUUUUGGCAUUAAUUGGUAAAUAAGUAAAUAAUGAAUUUUUUUCCUGAGCAUCCAAGAAAAGGAACUUACAAUAUAUUUUGACUUUAAACAAAAAAGGUUUUAAGCUGAAAUCUUAACAUUUUCUUGAUAUGAAGCUUAACAUAAACAUAGAAGUAAGAUUAGAUGAGAAAUACGGUUAAUUGGUUCAGUUAAUAUCAUUCUCUUCUUUCAGCAAUUCAGAAUCCAGAAGUAGUUGCACUUCGAGGUGGUCUAAGUACCAUUUUGAAAAAUGUGAUUGACUGCCAGUUAAGCCGUAUAAAUGAAGCUCUUAUAACGACCGUCUUGCAUCUUCUCAAUCAUCCAAAGACUCGACAGUAUGUGCGUGCAGAUGUAGAAUUAGAGGUAGGAACUUUCUUUUUCUUAUACAGUCUUAGUGUAUCAACACUUAGGUUGCAUUCCAAACCCCACUUAACUAGGAUUAAGCCCCACUGAAUUCAGUAGGACUUACUGAACAGACAUGCUUUGGGUUGUUGCCUCAAUCCGGUGAUCUGUAUUAUCCAUAUUUUCUUUUUAAACACACCCUUAAAAAUAAGCCCUCGAUUGGCAGUACUUUCUGCCAGGUCUGUCAACAGGUAAAAGUUGCAAACAUGCAAAAAGAUGCUGCAUAUAUUCUAUUUCAAAAGGUAAGGAAUAAUAGGUCGUUCUAAUUGGAUGUCUUCACUUUACUCUGCUUCAUAGAUAAUUUUGCUGGAUGUAUCUUUGUUAAGGUCAGAAGCAAAUUCUAUUUUCUAUAUCACUUAAGAAAGAACUACUCACGUUGGAAUAGAUAGUAUUUUUUCAACAUUUAAACGGUGGAUAAUAAUAAAGAUUGUAUGGUGAUAAUGGGAAUGACUCCAAACUUUUGUUUCCUUACUGCAGCGGAUAUUAGCGCCCUACACAGACUUUCACUACAGGCACAAUCCAGAUACUGCAGAAGGACAGCAGAAGUAAGUACAGUCUCCAUUAUCUGCUACUUGAUAACAGUGCUAUUCAAGUACUUGAACUUUCUAUCCUGGACGAGGGCUUUUGCAAGCCAUUCUCUGACUUUUGAGGGCACACUUUCAUGAGUGAUACUAUUCCCUGCUCCUCCAAUACUGAGCACUCCAUGUACCAUUAAGCCAUCUGUCCCAUGCAUGGCAAUUUUCAUUUUGACAAUCCUCAGUAGAGAAAAUGGGGGGGGGGGGGGGAGAGACACCCAUAAUUUUCAUAUUGUAUUUUUACCAUACCAUACCAUAUUGUAUUCUUAACAUUUAACAAUUUAAAAUUUAAAAAUUGUCACAAAUCAGAGAUACCAAUUUGAGUGUUUAAUAAACACGACUCAGUUUAACAUGGAUAUUUAUUCUCAAUAUUGUUUUUUAUGGCAGGGAGGACCGAGAAGCACGGCUGUCUGCUAGUAAAAUGGGAAUUGUUGCAGCAUUUCGAUCGUGGGCUGGUAAGAACUUGGUUUAACCUUUAGAAUGAUGGCAUACUUGGAGUGUAGAAAAAAGGUAUAUGUUAUUGGAGGUGUGUGUAUGUAUAUGUGUGUGUGUGUGUGUGUGUGUGUGUGUGUGUAUGCACACUCUUGUGUGCCUCACGUGAAAAUGGGUGGUUUACAAUAUUGGGAGAUCUGCUUUUCGUGGACCACAUUUGUGGAGGGUGGCUGUAAUUGUUCUGAACAACCAUUUCAAAUAGAUGCACCAAGAGGUGAGGUUUGAGAACUGAUUGGCAAAUUUAAAAUGAAUGAAUUAUCUGGUCAGAACACACAUACCCAAGAUUUCUUAUUUAAAAUCAAAUGUGGUAAUUGGAGCUCUUUUAACUGUUAAUGCUUUAAAAAUGUGCCUCUUGCCUGAGCUCAAUUAAGUUAUCGGGACAGCUUGCAGUGAAAUAAACAUAUUUAGGUCAAUUUUAAAAUGAAACAGCUGCAACUGCAAAGUUGAAUCAACCAAUACUGAAUUGGGAGAAAAAGUAACAAACACAGCCGAUACAAUAAAACCACUUCAGCUAACAUUUAAAAGGCCUAUGAAAAUAGAUAUCCCGGGGGGGAGGGGAUUGAAAAGGCCAUUUAGACACUAGACAAGCCUCCCCAAAGAGAACAUUUCAUAGAUAGGGCACCACGAUGGAAAUGUCACCUGCAUUGGUAAGCACAUGCCUAAUCCCAGAAGGCUGUGGAGUUUGGAUGAGACAGUAUUUGGGGAAGCAGACAGUAUAUGCAACUUGCUGCUGAAAUUGGCCUUCUUAUCACUGGAUUGAAAGGCAGUGUAUUGCGACUUUUAAAAAAGAUUCAGGAGGAGCUAGAAUUACUAAACAUACGGAAGAAAAAAUACUGCUGAGGAAGAACAAGUAUCAGAAUCAGUGCUGUCUUGUCAAUCUUUUAGAACUAAAACAUGACAAAGUAGCUGAUAAAAUAAGAACAAAAUAAAUUGUUGCAAGAGCAUUAACAGGAAGGUUUUUGCAGCAACACAAAGCCAUCAGGGAGAUGAAUUCUAGGGAGAGAAUUCCACAACCCAGAGGUGGCCUUAAAAAAGCCUUUCGUUCCUGACAAACACAACUCUGAAAUUGUCUGGACACAAAAGAUAACUUCUUUAGAAGUUCUGAUGGGAGGCUAAAGCUUUGUCAUUGGCAAAAAGACACAAACAAAGGGAGAUGUGGUGGAGGUUUAUAAAGUACUUCACCUCACGGCUGUGCACUUCAUUGCCAGAAGAUGUGGUUGUGACCAUUAUCUUAGGUGGCUUUGGAAAAGGGUUAGGUGCAUUCCUGGAAGUUCUAGGUCUAUCAACAAUUAUUAGCCAUGAUAUCCAAAUGUUGUUUCCAUGUUCAGAGGCAGUGAACCUCUGAAUACCAGGGGCUGAGAAUUGGCCAUAGGGGAGGCUGUUCAUGUCCUGUUUGGAAGCUAUCAUCUGGCUGCACUCUUGAGAACAGGGUGUUUGAGUAGAGAAGCUCCUUAUCUGAACCUGCAGGAUUCUUAAGUUUCAAUGAUUAUCUAGUAUGAUUCCCAUUUUUCAGUAGCAUCACUGUGGGCAAGAUUAUUGUUUUAUUUUAUUUUGUUGCUUCCUGGCAAAGCGAAUCUGUUGCUCUCUUUGAGCUAUAUUAUGAUGAUGAUUCCAUGAUAAAAGAAACACAUUUUGUUCAUGGUCCUAGAAAUCCUGUGAAGUUUAUGCUGUGUUAUUUUUAGACCAACUGUCUGUUGUUCAGCCUGUGGCAGAAGUUUCCCACUGGGUGUUUGCACAUGAGUUUGCCAUCAUGUAAUUAUGCAUUUUAUUUUGUUUUUAGGCAUUAUUAGUUUAUGCAAGCCUGGAAAUUCUGGGAUCCAGUCUCUCAUUGGAGUGCUGUGUAUACCUAAUAUGGAAAUAAGGGUAUGUGUUUGACUUCUACUAGAUGGAUUCCGAGGGCUUGUAUGCUUGCUCUUUUCGUGUAGACAGAUGUACAAAUUCUGUUUUCUCAGAAAUCGUUCUGUGUGUAUAUAUCUGUACUAUUGGAGGUUGUGCACACAUUGGCCCUCUGACUCCUUGGCAUGACUGACAGCUGGAAGUAACUGUGGCUGGAAGUGCCACAAAGCUACUAAUGUUCCAGUGCAGUCCUCAGAGGCUACAGAACCUCUCUCAAGAAUGAGCAGAGUUGGGGAGCUGUAAGUUGAAGAAGACAGUCACUUGGAAAUAAGGGCAGGAGAGUUGGGAUUAAUCCUUCUUGGUUGCCUGAAGCUACAGUGUUGGAGCACAGAGGGUAGGGUCUCUGACACAAGGAGAGUAACAGCUGACUAUGGGUUAGAUUUCCCUGAAGUGGCAUCAUCUGACCCAAAUAAUCAUGAAAUGAGAGCACGAGAUAGGUUUUAGAGCAAGAGAGUUAACAAACAAAACCAGUUGAGGGUUUUUUAUACUGUUGGGAUAACAGCUGGAAGAGUAAAGAGUGAAUCUAUAUAUACCCCUUAGUCAUCUCAUAUUAUUUGUAAUGUGUUCACUAGGCAUCUGUGACUUGCAAUAAGCCUUAUUACUCACUACAAGAUAUUAAAUGCUAAAACUGUAUGAAUGAGCAAUGUUAUUUAAUUAUGGUUAUGCUUCCAAAAGGCAGAAGCUUAGGAUGUGUCUGUAAUGUUAAAUUAUUUGUGACAAACUGUUGAAUGCAACUCAUGCUAUGGAAGAUUAUUUUGCUUAUUCCUUCUGUGCCCUACUGAGCCACUAUGGGAAGAGGAGUGGACAGCUGUAGGGGGAAAUGGUAUCAGCAAAAGUCACCCCUCACACCCCAGUGCAAAUUCAUUAAAUUUCUACUGGUUUUUAAAAUUCUGUUCCUUUUUAUGUUUAUAGCGAGGACUGCUUGAAGUUCUUUAUGAUAUAUUUCGCCUUCCUCUUCCUAUCGUGACAGAAGAAUUUAUAGAAGCACUUCUCAGUGUAGGUUAGUAUUGAACUUGCGUGUUACUCUUCAUUCAUUGGGAAAGCUUAUCAAGUCCAUUCCUGUAAUGGCUUCUGCGUACUUGAGCCCUGCAGUUCAUUGCUGGAUUUAGUCAUGAGUACCUUACUUCAGAAUUGCAGUAACCAGAAGCUUCUUCUCUGUCUAAACAGCAGAAAUAUGUCUGCCACUUAGCAACAAGGAUUUUUGUCAAAUCUCUGAUGGAAUACUCUUUCUCAGCACGGGUCUGGCAACACUAAAUGCUUAACUUAUAGUUGAAGCCCGAGUGGCUUCUGGAACACCCCCAUUCUCUUCCAGAUAAAAGGCAGUGCUAAUCCAGAUGAUCUCAGUGCUGGGGCUGGGUUAUAUGUGCUCAGGUAUCUGGGAUCCAGGUUGUUCACUCAACACAACCUUAAACAGUUGCACAGGCUGCCAUAUGCUACAAGUUUUAGCAGAGGUGCUGCAUGCUGUCAGAGAGCUGCCCCCACCAACAGUCUAGCUGCUGCUUUCCUCACUUUCUAGUGCUUCUGGACCAGACCCACGAGCAAAACCACAUAGAGCACAUUGCAGUAAUCCAGCUUCAAGUUUGCCACUACAUUGGCCAGGCUAUCCUAAUCCAUAUACAGUCAUAGCUGGCAUGCCAGAUAAAGCUUAUAAAAGACGCUCAUAAACACAGAUAUCACUUGGAUGUCUAAUGAUAAAGGUGUAUCCAGGAGUACCCCCAGGCUCCUUCAGAGGGAGUACACCUCCAUUCAGAAUAGGCAGUUGAUGUAUCUUACAGAGCAAUCCUGCUCACUGAGCCUCCAUCUUCCCAUGUCUCCCACCCAGUUUAUUGUUCCCCAGCCAGUCCACAAUUGGAUUCAGGCACUGGUUCUGGGCUUAAACAACUACUGCUGAUGCAGGUGUUGUGGAGAAAUAGAGCUGUGUGUCAUCAGCAUAUUGGUGACCCUGUGCUCCAGAUCUUCUACUGACAGCUUCAUAUAGAUGUCAUCCAUAGCAUAUUGUGGACUCCCUCUAUCGAUGAAGAUUCCACUUCCAGGUUUAGUGAUCAGAAAAUUUAAAGUUAAAGAGGGUUUAACUUCCUUGCAAGGUUCCUCAUGAUUUCUCCCUGCAAGUAUGCUUUAUCAGCCUGGCUAUCUCCUCGACACCAACAGGCUUCUCUUACAUUGUGACUGUUCUGUUGCUUUUUGUGCAUCUGCAGGUCAUGUGUACACAUGAACAAUUUGGCGGUAGCUGGCAAACAAGGGGAAAAGGGAUGCCAUAAAGCCAAGCAGCAGCUUGAAGUGCUUACUGAUUAAUUCAUCUGCUGCUUGGCCUUCAUGGCAUCCCUUUCCCCCCCUCUCCAUUAAUGAUUCCUGCAGUGUUCACUUGCACAUAUGAACUGCAGAUGGUGCAAACAGCAGAGAAAAAUAAGAGCAUAAACAAUAGUAUAACAAAGUUAAAUAAGAGGUGGCAAGGGGCAGUGGUGCAGACAGAUGCUAAGAUUUUGUUUUGCAACAAGGCUGAAUGUGUCAUGCCUCUGUCCCCACUUUUGCUCUGAUAUGCUCAGGCAGUCCCUACACUUCCCUGUACCACCUUUCCACUCUUAUGAGGAUGUACUGCUAAGAGCUGGGCUUUUUCUGGGUAUUUCACUAGACCCCCUUUAUUCCUGCUGCCACCACAGAUACUAUUUAUCUGAAUAUUUACCCCUAAUGUAGCCAAGAAUGAGGCAUGUGGUGUAAUGAAACUAAUUGGUUAAGCAUAAAUAAAAAGGUUUCAACAUGACUUGCGUACAUAAACAUACGGCUUCAGUUUUCUUGCAUUACAAGAAUGGCUGUUAUAAGGUGGUUCCUAUACAGUUAGCCUGCAACUUGUGUGCAUUCAGCUUUUCACGCCUGGUAAAAUUAAAGGGGAAAAAAUGGAAAGGGGGCAGGGCUAGAAGGGAUGUAAGAAAUCCACAUCAUCCCUCAUAUACAUGGUCUCUCAUCAGGGAUGUUGCAUUAACAGAGAAUCUUUGAGGUUCCUUCCAACUCUGUGGUUCUGAAACCUGAAACAUGUAAAGUUUUAUUAAAGUGUGGAAAAAGUACAUUUUACUUGCCUUUAGAAUAGGUCCACCUUGUGUACUUUCAUAUGUCACUGACUUGUAUGUCUUUCUGAGAUAAAUGUGAGACUAUUAGUGCCUACUGUAAUUUAAACCUGAUACCAUUUAUUAUGUGAUUAACUAAAUGGUAGCUUAUGUGUAUUUAUGUAGCUAUAAAGCACACAUGCUAGCAUAGAAAUCAAGAGGAACAAGCAGGAGACAAGGAGAGCGAAAUAAUACCAAAUCAAAAUGAAAGGUGACUAGGGAUUAUACUCCAUUGCUCUUGUUAAUUAAACUCAGAAUUUUUACUCGAUGGCUUUCUUGUAGAUCCAAGCAGGUUUCAAGAUAGUUGGAGACUUUCUGAUGGUUUUGUAGCUGCAGAAGCUAAAGUUAUAUUACCUCACCGAGCCAGAUCAAGGUAUUGUGUUAUCAAAAGCAUUAGUGCCAUUUCUGCCUGCUUCACUUAGAUAAUAUGAAAGAGAACAUGAAGUUGAUCUCAAUUUUCUUUUGCACAUUUAUCUAGGCCUGACCUCAUGGACAACUACUUGGCGCUGGUUCUCUCUGCUUUCAUUAGAAAUGGACUCUUAGAAGUACGUUCAGACUUUCAUUUAAAUGACAAUUAGUUAACUCUAUUGUAGUAGGUUCUGGGCAAAGCAGAACAGUGAGAUGGUUACAAUAAGUUUCACUUCUUACUUACUCCAGGGUCUAGUUGAAGUAAUCACAAGCAGCGAUGACCAUGUAUCCGUCAGAGCAACAAUCUUACUUGGGGAACUUUUGCAUAUGGUAAGGAAGACUUUGUUUCAUGUACUGAUGGUUAAAUUCUUUACUUUGGGAAUCUUCCAAGGAUGGAAGAAAACAAAAUAAUUUUAAAAGGAAUAUUUUACUUAAGGAAGAAGGUAUAGUUACCCAAAGAAUUCUCUGGUUCCCUGGAAGUGUGUCCUUGCCCCAGUAAAAGAAGCAGUAGGUUAUAAAAAGGUCAUAGGAUCGUAGAAUUGUAGAGUUGGAAGGUACCCCGAGGGUGAUCUAGUCCAACCCCCUUAAAUGCAGGAAUAUCAACUAGAUCAUACAUGACAGAUGGCCAUCCAACCUUUGCUUAAAAACCUCCAACGAAGGAGAGUCCAAGCUUAUCAUGGGAGUCUGUUCCACUGUCAACAAGUUCUUACUGUGAGAAAAUUAUUUCAUCUCCUUUCUUUUAACUCGAAUCCAUUGGUUUGGGUCCUAUCCACCAGAGCAGGAGAAAACAAGCUUGCUCUAUCCUCCCAUGUGACUUUAGAUAUUUGAAGAUGGCUAUCAUAUCUCUUCUGAGUCUCCUCUUUAACAGGCUAAACAUACCCAACUCCCUCCACUGUUCCUCUUAAGGCUUGGUUUUCAGACCCUUGAUCAUCUUGGUUGCCCUCCUCUGCACACGUUUCAGCUUGUCAAUAUCCUCCUUAAAUUGUGUUGCCUAGAACUGGACACAGUACUCCAGCUGUGAUCUGACCAAGGCAGAAUAGAGUGGUUCUGUGACUUUUCUUGAUGGGAACACUAUACUUCUGUUGUUGCAACCUAGAAUAACAUUAGCUUCUUUUGCUGUUGCAUCACACUGUUGACUCGUGUGAAGCUUGUAGUCUACUAAAACCCCUAGAUCCUUUUCACAUGUACUACUAGCAGUCCAGGUGUUCCCCAUCUUAAAUCUUUCACUUCCUUCCUGCUGCUAUGAUUCAAAACCCUGCUGCCUUGCUGAGAACUACCAGAAGGACUAAGGACUGUGUGUAAGCAUGGCUCCUGCCCAGUCAAGUUUCCUGUAGACUUGUCUCAGCUAUGGAAACUCGGCUAGUUCACUGAUGGAUCCACACUUUCUUCAGUGCAUUACCGACCAUCCCUGGAUGGCUAUUUAAUGCUGGCUCAAGAGAACACAGUCAGCUCUCAUAUUAGUUUACAAGCUCCAUCUUCAUCAUUCAUUAUUUCUGUAGGUUGUUAAUUUUGUACUUUUAGAAUUAAGAGCCCCAGCUAUAAAAGUCAUUCUCCAGAGAAGCGGCUGAGUUAGUCUUUUGCAGAAAAAGCAAGACUCUAAAGAUUAAUAUUUCUUAUAGCAUAAGCUAUAAUAAAUAGCUUACAUUCAACUUCAUUAGACACAUGAAUCCACUGCUUGUUGGCUCCUUUAAUGCGGUUUGCUAACUGAUAAUAUCUCAAGGAAGUGGGUUUUCCAAGAGAAUUGUUAGAAAUCUUGUCUAAGCCUGCAACAUAUACUAGCAGUUAGCAAAUGCCUUUUCUACAGUUGUCAGAUUUAAUUGUUUGGAACAAACUUAGUUGGUCUCUAAGGUGCUACUGGUCAAUUUAAAAAAAUAAAUUAUGUCAAAUUCAGUAUUUACUUAAAAAAAAAGAAAUCUGUUUUAGCUGAAUUGUAUCUGAAGUAGAAAGAGAAGGGGAAAGCGAUUUUCUUUUGGCAGAGUUCUGUUUGUAUACUGUUCAAGUUAAAUAGGUUUUCAUUGGGUGGGACCUGGACUAUAUCUGAAAAUGAAAAUCUGUGACGUUUCUUCUCUUUUUCAGGCAAACACCAUUCUUCCUCAUUGUCAUAGCCAUCACUUACACUGCUUACCAACUUUAAUGAACAUGGCAGCUUCUUUUGACAUCGCAAAGGAGAAGAGACAGUAAGCAUACAUUUUAGUAACCUGCUGAAGUUACCCUAAAUUGGCAUAUCCAAUUCAGUAUAGCUGCACUUCUUCUUACGACUUAUCUAAAUGGGUGGCUUUAGUGAUUUUAUAUAUUUGAAAUUAGAAGCCAGAGCAGUGGGCAUGAAUACAGAGCAGUGGGCAUGAUAGUAAAAACAUUUAUUAAUGGGUACCAUGUCUGAAAGGCUUUCAAGAUAAAAAAAACCCAGCAGAAACAGGACGAAGAGCAGGAAGAAACAAAAGCCAUGAAAACAAGGACACAAGUUUCUCUUCUUCUUUUGGCUAAUAAACUAAGCUAUCUAAUAUGUACAUCGUAUGUACACAAAGUCCACCUUCCAUACAGUGGGGAAAUUAAGAAUUUUUCUUCACCCUGUAUUACAGAUAAUUAAUCUCAUGGACCUAGUUUACAUGUAAUGCAAAGCCAAGCCAUUUAGGUUCCUGGAUUGAAGAUUGCAGCCACUUGACCUCCUCCCCCAGUUUGCUGCUGCUGUGCUACCCAGGGCUAAACCAUGGGACUAAGCCAUGGUUUGGUGCUCCAGAUGAACCACAAGCUAUAAUCAGGGGUAGUAUUAAAUUAAUUCAAAGUAGGUGCAUUGAAAGUAAUGGCAUGGUCAGUUUAGGUCCAUUCAUUUCAGUGGGUCUAAGUAAAAGUUAGUUGAGUACAACCCCAGGGUUUGUCCGUGGUUUACUGCUUGUGAUACAGGGGAGACAGCCCACAAGCCCACGUUUGGAUGUAAUGCUUAGGUUGAGAGGAGCACUGCAGCCAUAAUCUACACUUUGGAAUCCUGCACGUUUGUUCAUUUGCAUUAAGCCAUGGUUUAGCUUUGCAUGAGGUGCUCUCUGGCCCAGUGUUACACGCACAGACUUCUGUCGCGGAGCAGAUUUGAGGGGACAUAUAGGUUGCUGUAAAGGAGAGGAAGGGGAAGUUUUGUUGCACAAGAGCAAGUCCAUUCCUUGUGUAUGGGCAGUUUUGGAUUCGACCUAUGGUCUUCCUUACCAAGUGUGUUGACUUAGGCUUGGAAACAAACAAGCAAACUUGAUGUUUGUCAGGUUUCCCAGAAUCAACAUUUAGCAGAUAUCUAAAGAAUUAAGGAAUUCAGGCUGCAAUGCCUGUAUCACUAGAGGAGCUCUACCAUUGAUUUCCAAAUUAGGAUUUUAUCCAAAAUUACUAGCUGACAAAUUUACUCAGGGAUUUUGCUUCCUGUAAAACCUGAAUAUUUGUCUUGCCAAAACAGCUCUUGAUUAAGACAGAUUGUGCUUGUUUAAAAUGAAAACAAUAAGCACGGCUUUCUAGUUUUCUUGUUCUGAAGUUUUCAUUUGUUUUCAAGUGUGUUAAUAUUUCUGUUUGGACUUUAUGUGCAAGUCCUCAGAAACUCAGUACAGUUUAUAAUAUGUUCUAUGAAGCAACGUCCUGUACCCACCAAAAUUACAAGCCAUUCACAAAUUUUAUUGGACACACUACACAAAAACCAUUCAUGCAAUGAGUGAUUAUGCCAGCAGCACUGGUUCAGUAAAUUCGUAAGCCCUUUGGUAUCCUUAUUUCCUUUUAAAUAUAUAUAUAGAGAGAGAGAGGAAGAAUUGUGAUUCAUAGUGUAAGGGAGGUUUUGAUAUAUUCAAGACUAUUUAAUCUGGUGUUUUUUAUCAUCUUUACCACUCAUUUACAUCUUCAUAAGUUUUUCCCAUUUAAAUAUACGUACUGAGAAAAUACCUAUUAGGAAUCUAUUGCAGUGUUCAUGUAAUUGAUUUAAAUGUUUCCCCAGUUGACCCCAUUUAAAAAAAACCCUUUUCUUCAUCAAUACAAAAAAGAACUACUGCCAUUUGACAUGGUUACAUAAAAUCACUUUAAACAGUGGCCUAAUCAAUCUGUACCAAAAUAUAACUGAUUUGGAACAAUUGUAUAAAGAACAAUUGAAUGAAUAGUUAUUCUGACAAGUAUCAGGUAACGUCUUGUAAAAUACAAAUUGCAUGAGAAAGCUCAUUUUAUCACAUACCUUGGGGUGUGGGGGUGGAAUCCCUAAUCUGUAACAGAAUGUUCAGAGUGUAAUCUGAUUUCAGCUGUUUUUCCCUGUUGAAAUAAAGGUUGCAUCUUGCUCAGAUCAGUAGCAAACCUCUCAGUGGUUUUCAUGGUUCUAAGUUAUCUCUAGUCAGGUUCAAAUUCUAAAUUUUCCCUCUUUUUAAAGCCUGUGAUCAUGAACCCAGAAAUGGAGUGAUUACGCUUUAAUGAAUGAGUUGUGGUUUGCUCCAGAAUGCCUGUGAUAAACUUUUACAGUAGCCGUUUAAGUAGUCAAGUGGAAGGAACAAAUUUAGGCUCAGUUUAUAUCUGCCUCAGAUUAGUUUCUGUAAAUGGUCAUCCUUCCAUGUUUGAGGCUUGGUCAUGCAACUAGGAGCAUACUGGCUCCUGGAUGCCUCUCCACCAUUCUUCCUAGAGCUGUGACAGGCAGGUACAAAGUGGGUCAGGGCUGUGUUGUUCAGGCCAUUGUUAGACUUUGAAGCCAUCUUCUAGUGCAAAGAUCCCUGGGAAAUGCAGUUUGACUAUAUUUCACAUCCUUUCAGAUCCUUACUAAAGGCAGUAAUCUUAUAGAAAAUUUUGACUGUCAACUUUCCCCCUUGGUAGACGGGCCAGCGCUGCACUAAAUUGUCUAAAACGCUUUCAUGAAAUGAAGAAACGAGGACCGAAACCUUAUAGCCUUCAUCUAGAUCACAUUGUUCAGAAAGCCAUGUCAACACAUCAGCGAAGGGAUCAGUAUCGUGUGCAGAAAGACAUCUUUAUUCUAAAGGUAGCUAUUUUACUUCAAUGUCUGUGAUUUUCCUUAUUAUUUUUGUAAACAGCAAAUAAUCUUUAUUGAUUUAAGCUGAAUUUCCAAAAUAAGAGUUGCUAGGAAUUACGAGUUUAAAUGAAAACCUUUCAUGGGGGGAUAGGGUGGGGAAACUGUUGCACUAGAAAUCUGACAUGGCUUCUGAGUGCAGAGAGAGAGAAAAUGUGGGCAUACAUUUUGGUGGUGGUCUGUCUACAGUUCAAUAUAUUUUAAUAAUCUGCAAACUUGUAUAUUACUUUCUAAUGUCGAUGCAAGUGUUGCAGAAGUUUGAACUUUGAUUUCUCUUCUUCCUUCUGCUAUUCAAGGAUACUGAUGAAGCACUGUUAAUUAAUCUAAGAGACAGCCAAGUUCUUCAUCACAAAGAGAAUCUUGAGUGGAAUUGGAAUCUGAUAGGGACCAUACUAAAGGUAAGCCGUUAAAUGGCUCCCUAAUUAACGUCUGAGGAUUAAAUUGAAAUGAAAGGAAGUGGCAUACAAGUCUUACAAAACUCUCUUAUCUAUUUUGCAGUGGCCAAAUAUCAGUGUAAAGUUCAACAAAGAUGAACAGUGGAACAGGUAUUCAUAUUUACUAAAGGGGGGCAGUUUCGUUCUGCCUUGGCAGCUUGCUUUUCCUCCUACAACUGCUUCUGGGGGUUCUUGACACUUGUAAAUUGUGGGGUACAUUGUCUGUACAGUCGUACCUUGGAAGUCGAACAGAAUCUGUUCCGGAAGUCCGUUCAACUUCCAAAACGUUCGGAAACCAAAGCGUGGCUUCUGAGCCUGCAGCCAAUUGGAAACCGCAGAACCCAUGUCGGAUUUUCGGGUUCCAAAAGAAAGUUCCAGGUUUCGAUUGUUUGGGGGCCAAUUUGUUUUGGAGCCAAGGCGUUUGAGAUCCAAGGUAUGACUGUACUUGAAGACUAGGACCCUCAGUCUCCUAGGUCUUAGUCCGACACUCUAACCACUACAUCACACUGGCUUCUAUUUGCUGUGUGUGUUUUUUCAAAGGUGAAAUCAUUCAUUAUUUGCUUUAUGUUUUUUACCAUCACUUGCUAAGAAAUGUGACACAUUUCCUGAAAAGGUGCUUACAUUUCUGUCUUUUCCCCAGUUACAGUUUUGAAUAACCUGGCCUUUGUGUGUUAUGAAUUAGAAAAGGAAAUUCACUGAAUUGAAUUAACUCUUGGGGAAAAAGGACAGGGAUGCUGAUCUCGAGUUUCCCCUGCCUAAUUGAGUAAGAUGGAUGGUUACAAGGAAUAUGACCUUUCUCCUGAUGGCACCCUAUUUAUUGACUGCCUCAGCAAGAGUUGCUUCCCUGACACCAGUGUUUUUCUUUUAAGCACCAGGUCAAGACCCUUCUUGUUUUCAUAGGUUUUAAAAAAUUGUACUGGGUACAUCUCUCUGGUGCAUUACAUCUUUGGACCAAGUUUCCCAGUUACUGGUUUUAUAUUGGUUUUAGCUUCUGUGCAUGAGCUGAUUUUAGAUUUGGCUACUGGAAUUUUUAUAAUUGCUUUUAAAGUUUUAUUGUGUAAAGUUUUGAAUUGUAGCUAUAUAUUUUUAAUGUUUCCAUAUAUUGCACAUAGGACUUAGUUAAAUGGUAGCGUGCAAAUAGAAUGAAUGAGCAAAUAAAUUAAUAAAUGCAUAUUGCUUGGGUUUUUUUGUAUUAGGAAACUAAUCUGCUCUUCCAUCAGUAAGCCAGUACAAUCACAAGCAAUACAUAAGCUAGCAGCAGGGAGCAGGCAGGCUAGUAUGAGAAGAGAAUGUAUUGACUUCACUAUGACCCUGUAAUAGCAUUUGCAUUUAAGUACAGGUGCUAACAUUUGAAAACAUAAAGCCUCUUCGCCAUCUCGUAGAUAAAACAGUGUGGUAUACACAUUUGCCUGAAGCUUGCAACAGACUUUUCAGCACCUCAUAUGUCUGUUUAAUGUUAGAUUUAUACGGCGACUGAUGUAUUUUUACAAGCCCAGCAGCAAAUUGUAUGCCAACCUGGAUCUGGAUUACGCAAAGGCCAAACAGCUCACAGUUGUAGGUUGCCAGUUAACUGAGUAUCUCCUUGAAUCUGAAGAGGUAAGAUUCAUUUUGUUUAGCUCUACGUAACAACUAGCAGCUUCCUGUAUUGUUGGCAUUACGUUUUGGCAGGGUUAUUACCUUUAUUGCAUAUUCUAAAAAAUACUAGAAGAUUCAUUAGACCAGGUUUGCCAGGUCUAAAGGAAGUGCAAUUGGAACAUUUAAUUCAGGCUGGGAAAUAGGAGUAUUUGCUGGUCAAAAUCUUAGAAGAGGAAUGGAGUUUAUAAAAAUGUAUGGCUUAUCCCGUUGAUAUAUAAAGUUGGGGGUGGGGGAAUGUAGCUCAUUAGUAAGAGCCCUAAACUGUAGCAAUUCAUUAAUAAAAUAAAAAUGGCUUGAUAUCCCUGGAGUCCUUCAUAGUCUUUACCCUACUCCUUAACCUUUCACCGCAGGGCAUCACUAGGUAAGCUGUAUUCAAUGGGUGUCUAGUUCCCCUCAUCCUGGUUGACCAGUGAAUCACUAACUUUAACCAACUCAGUUAACAAAGCAGUAGAUCUCUCAGUUUUACGGAAGAAGAGAUCUAGCUGGUUACCAAGUCACUUCUCAGCCAGCCUCCAAGCUCUGCCUAUCCUAGCUGCCUAAACUCUAGAGCAGGCAUGUCGAACCAGUCGAUCGCCGGUUCCCCCCAAAAAGCUCAACAACUUUCAUCAAUCCAGUGGGUAGAUCACUGUCAGUUCUUUUAUAGUGGGAGUAGAUCACAGUUUCUUGGGUGUUGGACAUGCCUACUCUAGAGGAUGAACAGGUGCCUUUGGUGCCUUAAGUUUAUUAUUCAGAACACACAAGUAUAUCCAACAAUGUCGUUCAGCUGUUGGUCAGGCUUAACAUUAGCAGAGUGGCAGAGGAAGCAAUUUCCAACAAUUCCUUUUCCACCUGCAUCUCCCUCUGCCCCCUAAAUCUGCUUUGAAGGGUCUCCCAGUUCUCUGGAGCAGAUUUAUGAGUGGUGCAAGUGUCUACAGGUUGGAGAGGUAAUCGCCAAAAAUUGCAUCCCUCUUCAUUUCACUGAAGGAAGCCUUAUCAGCUGAACAACACCUCUGGAAACAAAGCAUAGAGGAUAAAAUUGCAGCCCAUUACAAAGAAAAAUGGUGGUUAUAGAUCCUGAGACUUGCCCUAGCUGGAAUAUUAAGACACCUGAUUCAUCCCUUAUGCACUGUAGGAGAACUAUUAUAAGAGGCAGUAGUGGAUUCAGGAAUAAAUGUCAAAGUCUCCUCUACAUUCCUUUGUCUACAAACCAAAGCAUCAUGGACUCUAGGAAGCAUAAAUAGUUAAUUGUAGAUGAAGAUCACUUAAUGAAAAAUCUAGCUUUCAUAUUUGUGGAGUUUUGCCUAUGAAAUUUACACACUGGCCUGAUAGGCUUCAGGAUACUGGGAGGGGAUGAUACAGAGGUCAAAUCAACAUGCCCUUUUGCCCCUCAGGAAGGAAGACAGGAAGGAAAGAAGGAAGGAAGGCAGGUGCAACAAAAGGUAGAUACAGACUUAAAAUUAUCUCAACUUUCUGUAGCCUAAUGCCUUGCAUUCCUAAUUUUCUGUGACCCAUAAGGGGUAACAACUUAAAGGUGUUCGUCCUAGUCUAUUUUCUUCUUUUGUUUUUGUUUGACAAAAUUCAGAAGCUGGUGGAAGAGGGAAAGGACCAGAAGGUGUUAUGUUCACUUUUGUAAAAACCUGUUCUUGAGCUGCUUCACUCAUCACCUGCCACUGUUAAGUGCUCACAAAACCUGGGACUGCCUGAGGCUUAUUUACUCUUGUGACAGCUAUAAUCCCCACAGGAAUUGACUUUUCAGCUUGUGACAAGAUCACCUGAGGGCAGUAUCACAGCAGAUUCUCCCCACAUUUUAAAGUUUUACACAUGUUGCAGCAUUUUCACAAUGAAGGGUUUUCUUCUGGUUUUAAUUUAUCGGGUGCUUUUCGGUUUGAUGGUUGCCUUCUUUCUCUUGAGCCCAAAGAAAUGUAAAUGGGUGUCUUUUUUCAAUGAGGCAGGGAAAUGCUGCCAAAGGAACUGAAGUUUUUUCCUUUCUCUUUGAAGCAGGAUGGACAUGGUUACCUCGAAGAGUUAGUGAAAGAUAUUGUACACUGGCUCAAUUCUUCUUCUGGACUGAAACCAGAACGCAGCCUCCAGAACAAUGGGUUACUUAACACUCUUAGUCAGCACUACUUCUUGUUUUUUGGUACGCUCUCCUGUCAACCCCAUGGAGUGAAAAUGCUUGAAAAGUGUAACGUAUUUCAGUGGUAAGCAUUAUCUUAUAUAAGUUAUAAGAAUCUUUUGAACUACUCAGAUCCUGGAAGUUUUAAAAUGAAUUCUUUCACUGUUCUUUAAAUUUCUGUAUAACUAGACAUGGUUAAUUGACCCUAACUUUUACAUUUUUUGUAAAAAGAUAAAUAGAUUACCAAAGGAACUAGGUUGCAUAUACUGUUAAAAGUUGAAUGAGCUCAUCCAAACCAUCUAUAUUUCAUCUACAUUAUUAAGAAUAGUAAAGGUAAAGGUACCCCUGCCCGUACGGGCCAGUCUUGCCAGACUCUAGGGUUGUGCGCUCAUCUCACUCUAUAGGCUGGGAGCCAGCGCUGUCCGCAGACACUUCCGGGUCACGUGGCCAGCGUGACAAGCUGCAUCUGGCGAGCCAGCGCAGCACACGGAACGCCGUUUACCUUCCCGCUGGUAAGCGGUCCCUAUUUAUCUACUUGCACCCGGAGGUGCUUUCGAACUGCUAGGUUGGGAGGCGCUGGGACCAAACGACAGGAGCGCACCCCGCCGCGGGGAUUCGAACCGCCGACCAUACGAUCGGCAAGUCCUAGGCGCUGAGGUUUUACCCACAGCGCCACCCGCGUCACCCAUUAAGAAUAGUACUAGAUUCAAAAGUGUGCAAUUAGAUUUUAUGAAAGUGACAGUACAUUUUAAAAAGAAAAUAUGCAAAACAUUCCCCCAAGGCUGUAUUUGUUUAUAAAGUUUUUAACUAAUCUAUAGACCAAGCAUGCUAUCAUUUUUCAGGAAAAAGAAAGCUUUCAAUGCUGAAAGCUGGAGAAAACUCUCCAGCUUCCAUUCAAUAGAAAUAAUUUAUAUCCUAUUUUACUACAUGGGAUUUUAGGGUAACUUAGCAGGGGGACGCAGGUGGUGCUGUGGUCUAAACCACUGAGCCUCUUGGGCUUGCCGAUCAGAAGGUCAGUGGUUCAAAUCCCCGCUAUGGGGUGAGCUCCCAUUCCUCGGUCCCAGCUCCUGUCAACCUAGCAGUUCGAAACCACGACCAAAAAGCGCAAGUAGAUAAAUAGGUGGUGGGAAGGUAAAUGGCAUUCCUGUGCGCUGCUCUGGUUUCGGUGCUCCGUUGCCCCAGAAGCGGCUUAGUUAUGCUGGCCACAUGACCCGGAAAAACUCUGCGGACAAACGCCGGCUCCCUCAGCCUGUAAAGCAAGAUGAGCGCUGCAACCCCAGAGUCAUCUGCAACUGGACUUAACUGUCAGGGGUCCUUUACCUUUACCUUUUUUAGCAGGGGGAAGAAAUAUUCCUGGCCUGAAGAACUUAGUUUAAAAUUUGAUAGUGGAGAAAGGCAACCAAAGAAGGAAAAAUGGAGGGACUUUUAAAGUUAGUCCAAUUCUCAUACAGAUUUACAAUUAAUGUUUCCAUCUUUUUCCAGUCUUCUUAAUCUUUGCUCCUUGAAGAACCAGGAUCACUUACUCAAACUGACUGUUUCUAGUUUGGACUACAGUAGAGAUGGAUUAGCAAGAGUCAUUCUUUCCAAAAUCCUAACGGCAUCUACAGAUGUAAGUGACAACUCCUCUAAAUGCCUACAUUCUGAAGAUUAUAUUUAAUGGAUGUUUUCACAGGGUGGUGUUACGGAUAGAACAUUGGCCUAGGGAGACCUAGGUGUAAAUACGUUUUUGAUCUCAGCCCUGAGCUUGUGACUUUGGAUCAGUCGCUUUCUGUCAGCCUCAGUAUAAUCUCAAGGCAGUAUAUCAUUUGCAUUUAAUUUUAAUGGCUUGUUAAAUGAAUGGCUCUAGGUGUUCUGCAUCAAUACGUGUGAGCUAAAAGUAGGGAGAGGUAUAGGUGCAGCCGCACCACCUUGACCUUCUUGUGUUAAGCGGUAGGGUCUGAACAUGCUUAAAAGCCUCCUCCAGACUUUUCCGCUCACUAUGAUAAGAUUUUAAGUGGGACCUGCACUCUCAUUGAUGUUGGUGUGCUUGUGUUUAUACCCCUGACCACUUCCCACACUGUGUAUGUUCAAGCUGAGUGCUUGGAGAGAGAGCAUGGAUCUGGCUUUCUGUGUGCAAAAUCUACUUUUCUCUACUGUAUUUCCCGUGCCCUUGAUUUGCUUGUUUACUUGCUUCGUAGAGCUGUAGGCUAUAUGCCACAAAACACUUACGAGUACUGCUGAGAGCCAACGUAGAGUUCUUCAGCAACUGGGGAAUCGAGUUACUGGUCACCCAGCUCCAUGACAAGAAUAAAGCCAUUUCUUCUGAAGCACUUGAUAUCCUCGAUGAGGCAUGUGAAGACAAGGUGAGAAUCCUGCCGUCCAUUCUCAAGUUACCAUGAAUGAAUACUGUUGUGUAUCAGUUUAUUGAGAAGCACGUCAUACGUCUCAUGCAAUGGUCUUAGGCCUGGGUGAUAUAUCAACCAAGACCGGUCCAUGAUGUCGGCUUUACUCAGCGGUAUAUCACUGGUGAAACCGCCACUGCUCCUGAAGAAGAGUUUGGAUUGAUAUCCCGCCUUUCACUCCCUUUAAGGAGUCUCAAAGCGGCUAACAUUCUCCUUUCCCUUCCUCCCCCACAACAAACACUCUGUGGGGUGAGUGGGGCUGAGAGACUUCAAAGAAGUGUGACUGGCCCAAGGUCACCCAGCAGCUGUAUGUGGAGGAGCGGAGACGCGAACCCGGUUCCCCAGAUUACGAGACUACCGCUCUUAACCACUACACCACACUGAGUCCCUCUGCUAGUGACUUCCUCCAGCGGGUAUUGCUUGUUCCUCCCUCUGCAUCUUUUAACUGCUCAGCUGAGGAGUGUGUGGUUGUUGCUCCCCUCCGAGCAGUUAAAGGAUCCCCCAGCUCAGCCCUGGCUCCUGUCUAAGCAGGGAGAGCACUGGGGAUGGGGAGGCCUCCCCAUUAUUGUAUAUAUUGAAAUUUCCUGCUAAUUCCUUAUUGAUGUGAGUGCCAGUGUAACCAAACUGAUUUCCUGAGACAUAACUGCCCUCCCUCUCCCUGGCUCUCUCUUUUAGGCAAACCUUCAUGCUCUUAUUCAGAUGAAACCAGCUUUGUCUCAUCUUGGAGACAAGGGCUUGCUUCUGCUCUUAAGGUAAACACGAAAUAUGUUACUUCAUAUGAGAACAAACCAAAUUAACUUGCAUUUUUGUAAUCGGUGAACAUGUUUAUAAAUGGUAUAUGAUGGUACUUUUUCAGGUUCCUGUCAAUCCCAAAAGGGUUUUCCUAUCUAAAUGAACGAGGCUAUGUGACAAAACAAAUGGAGAAAUGGCAGAAGGUACUUUUAAACAAAUCCAAAUCUCUGUGAAAUUGAUAACUUGAAAUACAUCUCUCCUUGUUAUGCUGAGACUUUGCUUGGCUAAAGCCAGCCCUUUAGACUUCCCUAGAAUGAAUGUGCUAGCCCCAUCCAAUCAUGGUCCAGUUGUGUUUCUUCAUUCAGAAGGUGAGAUAGAGCCUCUUGCAUUGCUUUCAGGUCUGUGGACCUGAUGGGUUUUUAAGGGUUCCUGAAUUUAGGCAUACUGCUCAGCUUCAUUGCAUCUGACUGCUUUUGUUGGGCCCAUUAUGUAUGAACUACUGGCAUAUGAGAACUGAAAAGUGAGGUUUACAAGCCUGAUCCAGAACCGAUUUUCCCACUGGAAUUAGAUUCUCUUUGGAUAACUUUUGUCCAAACUGUACUUUACUCUGUGCUCUGUAUCUAGGAGGAAACAGCUCCCAGGGAGUUUAAGUUAAGAAGUUGCAGGAAGGAGGAUUCCAGGUGUAUAUUUGAAGAUAAGCACUUGGGAUGCUUUAGAGGAAAAGGACACGGGAUAGAUUUACAGAGAAAAUGCAGCAGGGAGGAAUGGCUAAUCUUUGCCCAGAAGAGAAAUGCCCACACCAGUUUGCUCUCACCCAGAGCUGCCUUUGGUUAGAAAAAGUGGCUGUUGGAAAUGAUUCAACAUAACAUGUAGUUUCACCUUUUUUGAAAAAAGGCUAUUUGUGCCAAAAUUUGAAGAGGAGAAUAAAUCCUUUGGCAACAUAUGAAAUGAUACUUGAAUGUAUUCACUUACUAAAUGGGGCAGAGAUCUGCUCCAUCAUGGAAGAGAACUGUACAGAAGUGCUAUGGAGAGGAAAUUCACAAGUUAGAAACAAUUUCCCCAUUUAUAUCAGACAGGUUACUCUGUAAAAAUGAGAGACAGAGAAUGUUCCAGGGAUAAUAGGGUUUCAGCCAUUUCCCAGCCUUGCCAACCGUUAUUCUAGAACAAAAGGCUCUGCAUCGUGAAUUAAUUAAUUUAUUGCAAAGUGUUUAGACAGCUAAACAUCAGAAUAUCCAAGAUCAUAAAACAACAUCAUGAAACAACCAAACAAACAUAUAAAAGCAUAGUAAAACUUCAAACAUAUUUAAAAUGCUAUUAAUGGACAAAUUAACAAUAAUACAAAACUAGUAAAGAUCAGGUGAAGAAAAAUGUUUUUUUUGUAUAUACCAAAAGCCCACAGUUGAAGGAGGAAGGGAAUUCCAGAGAACUGGUGCCACAACACUAAAGGCCCUGUUCUAUGUAGCCGAGCCACCAGGCAUGUAAAUAAAUAUUUUCAUUCCAAAAUAGCUUUUGCCUUUUUAAUCAAACGUUUGACUUCAAAAACCUGCAGUGGUUCCCUUGGAAUUAUGAAAAUAAGGAGGUUUUUCUCAUUUGGAUCACAAUGUCGCAUAGUACAGUAUUAUGAAUACAAAAAUCUGCUGGAGAUUUCUCUCUCUCUCAUGAGCUCUGUAUCCCAUCAUCUUAGGAGUACAACUUAAAGUAUGUCGAUUUGAUAGAAGAGCAACUCAAUGAAGCACUUACCACAUACCGCAAACCUGUUGAUGGCGAUAACUAUGUUCGCCGGAGCAACCAAAGGUAAGCUAAGUUGCAAAUGAUCUUGAUUGGUUUGCUAAAGCAAUUGCUACAUAUGAGAUGACUGUGUGACUGGUUUUUGAAACAGCCAUAAGGAAUGAAAAUUGAAAUACUUUAUUGUCACUUGUACAACUUGUAUACAGUGAGAUUACACGAGCACCCCCACUCAGCUCUCUUAGUCUUAAUUCCCCUUGUUUACAGACGCACACCCACCAAACCCGAAAGUCAGUUGCCCUGUUGUUAUCUUUUCAUUCAGCACCCUAACAGCCCACGUAUAGAAGCUGUUCUUGGACUUCCGGGGAGGCGCCUCCGGCAAUGGCUGAAUUCCUCCGAUCGGGAGGAAUUUGCUCUGUGAAAAGCAGGGUCUGACCGCCACGGUGAAGACAGAGACCCAUAGAAAUCACAGGUGGGAGAAGCCUGUGAACCUGGGAUUCGGCUGGCACCUUUGCGCCUCCCCUACUCGCGGGGAAACCCUGUUUUGGGGAUCCGGAGUGACGUGGGGUGAGCGGUGCGGUGCUUUGAAUCAACCGCUUCUUUCGCGGAGUGAAGCCGCAUUGCUGUUGCCGGAGAGCGCUGACUUUUUCCUGUGGACAAUUGGAUUUUAAACGACUACCCGUGAGUAGAACGGAGAAUUGGAUCUUGAAACACUUUAAUUUGGCGCUGAAGCGGGAAGGCUCUAAACAGGAAGUCCGCCUCCCAUUUUGUAAAUAGAUUGAAGCAAAGAAGUUACAAGCUAAAGUCUUUGAAAGCUUUUGAUAAAGGAUUAAAUUCCCACCAGACAAAAAUACAUAACCCCUCUUGGAAGCAGGAGAAGAGAGGGGAAGUUUUGGAUUUAGUGCGCCUGCAGAAGAGAGUCAAAAUUAAAUUGCCACUGCUCUGAAACCUGGAAAAGGGCUGCCAGAUGAUGUUCGGGGAACGUUUAUUGACAGAACGGAUUUGACAGCUAGCUAAAAUAAGAAAGGCACUGUUUCCAUUGUCCUCUUCUGCGUUUAAAAAUGGAGGAAAAAGUAACCAAAAAUUGAAACUAUUGUUACUUGCUUGAGUCGUGCUUGAAAGAAUUGAUACAAACAGAGACUGUUUCCCUCUAGAGGGAGCAUGUGAAACGGUUACAGGAGUGCAACAGGGAGAGCUCCAGCUGCAAGAUAAGAUUCUGAAAAUUGGAGUCUGACCUUGGAUCACUCAAAAUGUUGAUAGGAGAAGCCAUUGUGACUGUAUUAUACAAGAUAAACUACUCGCUGGAACAGCUACAUAAAAAGACAGGUGACAUGAUCUCUAAUAUUGACAACAUGGAACAGAACGUGAUUAAUUUUAAUCAAAAAGUGAGUGUCAAUACAGAAAAAACUCAGGAUUUGGUACAGGAACAUACCUUGGUUGGACAAAUGGUGGAGGAAAAGGAGAAAGCUGAUGAUGUGAAAAUGGUGGAGAAAAAGGAGAAAGCUGAUGAUGUGAAAGCAAAAGUAGUACAAGCGGGAUCCUUAAUUUCUCAGAAGCAGAUUGAGGAUUAUAAAUUGAGGUCUUUCAUGACUGAAUCUAGCAAAAGUCAAAUUUUGAGGCUAGGAUCCCGGCUUGGAUUGAAGAAGGAAGGUUGGAAAGAACCCUCUAUCCAGGGAUUGACUGACUUUUGGGACAUGGACCUGGGCUUGGAGGAGCUUGAAGUUUUGGGGGUCGCUAGAAUUGGAGGAAUCAUGAAAUACGUUCUGAAACACUCUAUGGACUAUACUUUUAACUUUGGAAAUUUGGCUGAAUUGUCCAGAAGGAACAAAAGUAUUGCUAGGCUGGAGUUUUCCCGAGAUUUGCUCCUGAGCAUCAAAGAAUAUGAAGAAGACCUGCAGAAGGGACUUGGAAGAGAUUUAAGAACUUCGGAUAUAAGGGCACCAGGUUGAUGGAUUAUAUGGAACUGACAGAAAGGACUGGCAGAAUCCGAAGCCAAGGAGAAGAGAUAGUGGAAGAUUAAUGGAAAAUUUAAAGUGUUUAUUUAGAAAUUUUGUUAAAGUAAUGACUGUCAGAAAAAUGGUGGAAUGAUAUUUUAUGGAUCUAGCAGAAAUGCUAUAAGAAGUUGGGUGUAUAUAAAUAAUCAACCGUUAAUGGGAAAUAAGGUUAAAGAAUAUGUUAUUUAUAAUAUGACAGAAAAUAGAGAAAGAUGGAAAGGAUUUGCUGAAACAAGUACUAGAAGUGGGAUACAAGAAGGGAGGUGUGAGGAAGUUGAAGAAACAAGGGAAUGAAGGACAGAGUAUGGAAAAGGAGGGAUGUUUUUAAAUUGUUUUUGUCUUGCUUUGUUCAUGUGUUUAGUUCAAUGGGUUUAGGGUGGGUUUGUAUUGUUUAUAUAUUGUAUUGUUUUUCUCUUUCUUUUUUCUUUUUUCUUUUUUCUACUUUUUUGUAACUUUUAAAAGCAAUAAAUAUUAUUUUUUUAAAAAAUAGAAGCUGUUCUUUACCCUGUUGGUGCAACUAAUCAUGCUUCUAUAUCUUCUGCCCGAGGGCAGGAGAUCAAGAAAGUGCCGGCCAGGGUGUGAAUCAUCCCUGAGAAUUUUCCUCACUCUCCAGAGGCAACGUUCUUCGGCUAUUUCAUCCAUCGGAUUCACGGGACAGCCCAUAAUAUUUUGUGCUUUAUUCACCAUCCUCUGUAGGCACUUCCUAUCAGUUGAUGUCAAACCAGCGUACCACACCGUGAUACAGUAUGAAAGGACACUUUCUGUUGUUUACUAUGCAAACAGACCAUUUUUCUUUCUGGCAGAUUACAGCGGCCACAUGUCUAUCUGCCGGUUCACCUCUAUGGACAACUGGUACACCACAAAACAGGCUGCCAUUUGUUGGAAGCUCAGGUGAGGAAAUUUAAUAUACCUGAUUCAAAAUCAAGGUAACAUUAAAUACAUUGCAGCCUUCUUGGAAUUGGUCCCCGCCUCCAAUUUGUUUUGAUGUUACUGGUUCAGGGUUGUGUGGCAUAUACAACCUCAUUGGGAAAUUUGGCUUGGGUUUUUUUCUAUUUAGACUGCAGAAGAGGAAUGCAUCCUUGUUCUAUAAAAUAAGCUUGCUUUGGCUAGGGAUUAGAUUUUCUCUCUUAGGUGGAGCACAGAGAAGACUCUUUCACUGAUGGGAAUAGUGAGUGAGAUAUGUAUAGAUUUUGCUUGCAGAACAGAAAGCAAGGGUUGUAGCCAAGGUAGCACUGAGCAAAAUGUCCUGCUAGCACAAGGAUUUUCACUUGUGCUGCAGGAGUCCCCCUCCCUGCAUACCCCCGAAAUUUAUGCUAGGGGUUCCCCCAAGGUCAUGGCUUCAAGUCCUACACUGGGCAAAAUAUUCCUGCAUUUCAGGCAGUUGGACUAGAUGAACCUCAUGGUCCCUUCCAACUCUACAAUUCUGUGAUCUAUGAACCUUCUAAAGCAGAUUGGGGGAGGGCAAGGGGGGCAGGUUUGUUGGGCAAGUGGACUUAGAUGCUGCCCCAAGUACGUUUGUGGUAAUCCCACGGGAAUUGACCCAAAGAAUCAUGAAAGUGGCCCUUCUGCAGUGGAACUGCUUUGGUCUGCCUGAGGAUCCUAUUGCCUUUUAGUCUUUCUGCAUUUUUAGGCUAUUAAUAUUGACUUCUGGGGUAGUGUGUCAAACACUGGUAGGUGGUGGUAUCUUCCUCUACCAGCUGUCGCCUAGCUGCAGCCAUUCCAUAAGGCUGCAGCAGAGAGAGAGAGAAGGGAGGCAGGGCCACAAUAUCAGCUCUGCUUGAGAGAUCAGAAACUUUUGGCACCUACUUUCCAUGAACUGUUUCCAGCUGGAAGGGAAUGCGCUUUACAGCACACAACUUGUGCAUGGAUUUGCUUUUUUCCCCUUCCUUUCUUCAUUCUGAGAUGCUAUAGCUAAGGACUAGCUGAUUGGUUCUGAAAUGUGCAAGAUACUGCUGUUCUUCGCUUUAUGUGAUCCAAUUCUGAGCUGUGUCUUCUCAAUUUUGAACUGAAAGAAGAAAAGAAUACUGGCUUAUUUUUAUAGAAAUUGAAUUACAUGUUUGUGUUUUUAAAUAUUUCUUCUUGAAAUGAAAAAAACAAAAAGCUUAUUUAAUGACCAGAGCUGUUAUCAUUGUUCUGUAUAUCUGCCUUUAGUUGUACCAUUGGUGCUCUUGUUUAAAUGGUUGGUGGUUUUUGAAACAUUAGUUUUCAGUGUUUUUUUAUAUUAAAAAAAAAUAACUAAACCUAUUUGUAUUUUGCUCUUAGCAUUUAUGUAAGUUUGAAAAGCAAUUCAGCAGAUUUGAAGAAUGUUAAGCUUCACAUUGAAGCUACUUUGUGAUUGAUCUUUUUAUUCUUUAGAGUAUUGUUCCUGACCUGAGUUACACUGUUCGUUCCCCCAUGCUGGAUAAAUGGGAAGGGAUUAAGCAGCUGAAGGCAGCUCUCUGGGCUCUGGUUAGUAAAAAAAUAAAAAUCCACCAUGGUGUUUUCUGCAUUUCUGCAACCAAAAUAACAAUAAUGGUUCCCCCACAGAUCUGCUUUUGAUUUUUGGAUGUUGCAAAUUACAGUGGUACCUCAGGUUACAGACGCUUCAGGUUACAGAAAUAGUACCUCGGGUUAAGAACUUUGCUUCAGGAUGAGAACAGAAAUCGUGCGGCGGCAGCGGGAGGCCCCAUUAGCUAAAGUGGUACCUCAGGUUAAGAACAGUUUCAGGUUAAGAACGGACCUCCGGAACGAAUUAAGUUCUUAACCCGAGAUACCACUGUAAAUGGCCACAGAUACAGCAAAUAAUAACUAAGCACUUAAUACACGUUAUUUCCCUGAAUAAUAUAGAUUUGUCUUGACUACUAAUAGUAGGGCAUUCAGGAUUUGAUAAUCAAUUUUCAGUGUUUGAAGCCACUAGUCUUUUUCCUUUUAAUCCAAAAGAGAUCUCAAAAUGUAGAAGGUGAGGUACAUGAGGGCAUUGCAUCUAAAGACAAAAGACUCUGCAAUGUGGAAGGGAGCAAAUGAACCCAACCCUGUAUUUCUAGCCAAAUUAACAAUCAUAUUUGUGUGUGUGUGUGUGUGUGAGAGAGAGAGAGAGAGAGAGAGAGAGAGAGAGAGAGGGAGAAGAAUAUAAAAGAUUUAAAGUCAUUUCUAUGAAGUUGGGAAAGUAGGUAGACUGUAACAAGGUGCUAUUAAUUUUUUUUAAAGAAAAGGCUUGAAUUGGGGUGAAAGAGACUCUGUUGUGUUGGUAUAAAGAAAUUUAUAGCUUAUACUGUAUACAAAAUAUCUUAACUUUGUUCAUCAAGUUCUAACCAAUACUCCUUUGUUAUAUGACAUAGUAUCAGCAGUAUCAGCCAAUAGCAAAUUUGAUCACAAAUUAUUUACAUUACAGGGUAAUAUUGGAUCUUCAAACUGGGGUCUGAAUUUGCUUCAAGAAGAAAAUGUCAUCCCUGAUAUAUUGGCACUUGCCCAGCAUUGUGAAGUUCUAUCUAUUAGAGGGUAGGUAUAACAUGGUUUGAAAUUGACUUGUAAGGGGUUUAUAGGAUUUUUAUUUUGCCCUGGAGUCUUUAAAAUGAUUCUAUGCCAUCUGCUGCUUCAUUCUUUAGAAACGGUAUAUAAUUUUCAGAUGUAGAAAGGCAGAACCACUCUCUUUAUUUUUUAAAAAAAUCUUUCUAUUAAAAUAGCAAGUUGCUACUUACUAUUAUGUUAAUAGAUUUUCUGUGUGACAUUAGUUUUGCAGCCUUAUUUAUGGGUGUGGGUGUUUUGUAGUCAUGAUUUGUGGAGCAUACACAGAAGAUGGGGACAAAACUGGAUGUCUCCUACUGUAUUGAGUGAUAAUAAUUUUAAGUAAUAUAGGCAUGUAGUGAAUGAAAUAACACUCAUAUCUGUUACAUGCCUAGUUCUACUCUGUAUCCCCUUAGAGAAUAAGGCUGCAACCUUAUCUAGGAAUAAGCCUCCUUGAAUUAAGUGAGACUUAUUUCUGAGUAGACAUGUACAAGAUUGCACCUCAGAGUUGCAGGCCAGCUUACACAAAGGAUUUGUAUGUUUCAUUUCACAUGUAUAUUGACAGCACAAAUAACAUUUCCUGAGGGGAGGGAAAAGAAGCUGGAGAAUUGUUUUGGUGGCCUGAAUGUAAAAUACAUAUUUGUUUGAACUGAAGUUCUGUUUUAUAAACAUAGGACGUGUGUCUAUGUGCUUGGCCUGAUCGCCAAAACAAAACAAGGUUGUGACAUUCUGAAGCAUCACAACUGGGAUGCAGUGAGACACAGCCGUAGGCAGCCUUGGCCAGUUGUCCCCGAUGACAUGGAGCAACUCUGCAACGAACUCUCCUCUAUUCCCAGCACGCUUAGUUUGAACUCUGAAUCUACCAGUUCAAGGCACAACAGUGAAAGUGAAUCUGCACCGUCAAGUAAGUAUGCAUAACAGCGCCAGCACAGUUAGUAAAUUCCCUUUGGGGAAAAAGCAGAUCAUGGGUCUGGCCAGUGAAAUCAAUGGAAUCGUAGAGCUGGAAGGCACCUCGGGGUCAUCUAGUCCAACCACCUGCAAUGCAGGAAUCUCAACUAAAGCAUCCAUGAUAGAUGGCCAUCCAACCUCUGCUUUAAAAAGCUCCAAGGAAGGAGAACCCACAACCUUAUGAGAGAGUCUCUUCCACUGUUGAAAAGCUCUUGCUGUUAGAAAGUUCUUCCUGAUGUUCAAUUGGAAUCUCCUUUUGCCUAUCCAUUUUGAGAAGGCAUUAACUUUCUAAUCUGAAGGUAUUCUGUAUUCUUUACAUGAGCCCAAUGUAUGCUUAAUGGAUCAAGACGAGGUUUAUAGAACGUGGCUGGGUAUCUUUUGAUAAUUUCAGAAAUGGUGGGGAUGUCCAGAAUGUCACUUUGCUGAUCAGAGGCACUUUGAUUCAGCUGAAAGCUUUCAUCAGUGAAAGGAGGGAAUUUCCACUUACUCCCCUCCCUACUAUACUGUACAGUCCCCCAACCCUUUGGGGCAGAUUGCAGCUGCUGGGGAAAGGAGAAUUGGCAAAAACCUCACCCUCUAUGUCCUGCUGGCAGAAGCCUCUGCUGGGUCUAAGUGUCUUCCGUCAACAGAAUGGUAAAGCCCCCUUGGAGAUUCUAUAAAAUCUUUUUUUAGUUUCAGCUUCCAAUGCUGUAGAAAAUAUUACAAAUGUAAUCAUUUUAGAUCAUGCUUUUAUCUGGUGUAAAUGAAAAAAUAAAACAUUGAUUUCCUUUGCAUAGAAUUAGAUCCAUUUCUUCUCUAGGAUGAUAGUAUAAAAGUGAAGAUAAAGACUGGACAUGAGAAAAUUCUUCCUUGAAAGUUAGAAACUCUGAUUUAAGAUGGAAAACGGGAAACGUCAAAAUAUCUAUUAGGAUGGUUUGAGUAUCACAUUAUAUUUAAAGAGCAGGCUCUGGAUAUGUUGGAGCUAAUCAGAAAAGUCAGAUGUGGAGAGUAAAUACUAUCACCAACUAGAUAAUGUGAAGUAAUGUCUUGAUAUAAGAGAGGCACAUUCAUUUUAGAAUUGAUUUUAACCUGCGGCUGUUGCUGGACUACAACUCCCAUCAUUGUUGCUGAUGUUGACUAGGACAGGUGGGAGUUGAUGUGAACAACACUGACCCCUCAACUACAGUGUGAAAUUACAUUUCCAAAAGUGUAGUUUGGCUCCUGAAGACCCCUAAAUUCCCUAAAUUGAGUACCAUUGUUUUAUUUAUUUCUUUUUUAAAAAAGGCCAGGUUCUGUUGAUCUUACAUAUAAUGUUUAGUGGCACAUAAAAGGAUAUUAAGCACAUCCCCCCCCCCUGUCUAAAAUAGCCUUCAGCCAUUACAAUUAAGAAGUGUACAUGCAGUUGGCUUUCAUAGACUAUGCAGUGACUUUUGAGAGCUAGUUUUAGUUACCAAAUAUUCAUAGACCAAAAAUAUUUUAACAAAGCAAGCUUUAAUUUGAAUUUCAGGUAUGUUUAUUUUGGAAGAUGACAGGGUUGGCAGCACCUCUACCAGCACAUUUUUCCUAGAUAUAUCUGAAGAUGCAGAACAGAAUUUCUACGACCGAUCUGGACCCUUGAAAGAUAAGGAUCGCAAUCCCUUCCCCUUCUUCACUUCAAGCAGGCUUGUGAAGAACCGCAUUUUAAAUUCUCUAACCUUACCUAAUAAAAAACAUAGGAGUAGCAGCGAUCCUAAAGGUGGCAAACUAUCUUCUUCAGAGAGCAAGAUGGGUUUGAGGCGAAAUCGUACAGUAACUGAGCCUUCCAGCAGCAUGGAUUUUGCACGAGGCGAGGACUUCACCCCUAUGUUCCGGGUGCCUAAAAUCCACACUCUGAAACUAGAGACGUCGUUUGUCGGGAGCAGACACAGCGAAGAUGCAGAUAGCACUCCAAGUAUAGGCGAAAAUGACCUCAAGCUUCCCAAAAGCCUCGGCCACGAAAACCACCGGGAAAAUGCCAGCCGGGAAAGACUGAUAGGAGAGGUUUCUACGCAGACUCACUUCAAAAGCCGCAGCUUGAGUUUCAAUACGGAUACCACCACGAGUGGCAUAAGUUCAAUGAGUUCGAGCCCUUCGCGGGAGACUGUGGGAGUGGACACUACAAACGUAGACACGGACAGUGGGAGUUUAAGUACUGUGGUGAGUACCAAGACAGUUAAAACAAUCCAGUGCUCAACCCCACAGCCUAACCACCUCCCCCUCUCAAAAUCAAAUUCUGUCUCCCUGGUACCGCCAGGGUCCUCGCACACCCUUCCUCGGAGAGCACAGUCACUUAAAGCUCCUUCGCUCGCCACAAUAAAAAGCCUGGCUGACUAUAACUUCAGCUACACCAGUUCGCGAGAUGCCUUUGGGUAUGCAACACUCAAACGCUUGCAGCAGCAAAGGAUGCACCCCUCUUUGUCCCAUUCGGAAGCUCUGGCAUCUCCAGCAAAGGAUGUGCUCUUCACAGACACAAUUACUAUGAAGUCUGGUAGUCUAGACUCUCGACUGACACCAAACAGGUAAGCGCUUCUUCCUCCCUCAAGUUUUCUUCAUGGCAUAGCUAAGUAGUGUUCUCACGAUUCCACAAGAGAAGAAUUAGCCAGGAAUUUGGGGUGUGACCCAAACAAGUUUAAAUGUAUGCAGAGGAGAGCUGCAUUCACAGCCGAAGCUUCCUUUGAUAUGUUUUCCAUAGCUUCCACCGCCUAAGAGGCAAACGGCCGUUCAGUUUCAACUUCAGAGAAAGCUCCAGCUGCAUGAGAAUUCCUUUUUUCAAUCAGUCAUGGCCUUCCACUUCAGGCAAGGGCCUAUACCAGUGAAUUCCUAGGGCAUUCCUAGCACUCUGAUCAACUAGGCUUUAGGGAAAAUAGCAAACUCAGGGCCUCCUUCCAAUUCGGGGAGGGCUUUUGGAUCCUAUCAUACAAUCACAGUUGCAUUGAAAAACCAACCCUCCUGCUCAAACCAGUUCACUCUAAAAUAAUAAUUUUAAUAAUCAGGUGGGGUUUGUUUUUUUUGUUCAGAGUAAUGGAAAGAUUAACUGAACUAUUUUCAAAGUUAGUUUCUGAAUGAGAAUGGAAUACGAGAGUAGAAAAUACAGAUGAUGCCAGUCUGGAACUGAACACAAAUUUACCUCUUAGAAAUAGUUUCUGCUGGGAAAGCCAUUCAUAACAGUUUAUGUGUUGCUCUCACAGUAUGUCUUUCAGUUAUUAAUAAACAGAUAAUACAUAAGAAGGUAAACUGUAUACUCACCCAAACUAGCCGUACUUUAAAAAUGCUGUCUGUGUUAUUACAGAGCAGAGUUGUGAUUUUCAGGUUGUACUGACUUUGGUUCCCUUGAUGCUGUUACAGGUUCAUGAGAGCUUUAAGUUAUGCAUCAUCUUUAGAUAAAGAGGAUUUAUUAAGCCCUAUUAACCAAAACACACUGCAGCGCUCUUCUUCUGUUCGUUCCAUGGUGUCUAAUGCUACUUACGGAAGUUCAGAUGAUUACAUUGGGCUUGCUCUCCCAGUUGAUAUCAAUGAAAUAUUUCAGGUAUGUACACUGUGUGUGUCUAAAUUUUCAUGCAGAACAACAUCAGAAUAAUGAAUCUGAGAUGACAGAUUCCCUCAUGUGAAAUCACUUCAUGUUCACAUGAGAGAAUUUGGCAUCUUAGAUUCAUUGUUCUAAUGCAGGCAUGUCCAACAGGUAGAUCGCGAACUACCAGUAGAUCACUGGACAUCUGUGGUAGAUCACUGGUAGAUCACUGGCUCCCCCCAAAGAAGUUCAACAACUUUGGCUCCCCUAAAGAAAGCUGAACAGCAUUGCCCUCAACUCCCCAAAAAGGGGGUAGAUCACUGCCAGUUUGUAACUCUGUGAGUAGAUCGCAGUCUCUUGGGAGUUGGCCCACCCCUGUUCUAAUGAAUAUAUCCUCUGGAAGCUACACUUACUCAGAGAAGGGAUUAGCAUGGAGCAAUUUGCUUAACUUACUUGAUCAAUUCUAGCACGAUUUUUUAAAACUGUUAUUCAAAGCCUAAAUUCACAUAUUUACUGGUUAUCCCUUUAUUUCCAAAUCAAAGCAUUAGUCAUUAUCAUUAAAGCCCUAUAAAUGACUUAGGUCCAGGUAAUUUUGGGACUGUUCUCUCCCAGAUCACCAGAUCAGCCUGCCUACUUAAUAAAACGAACUCCCUUUGUGAGGCAGAUAAUGUGUUUAUGAUUGGGUUUUACAUGUUUCUACAUUUUAUGAAAAUGGGGGAUUUUUUUAAUGUAGGCUGCUCUGAGUAGUGAAUUCGCACUCAAAUUAAAUGCUUGAAUGAAUGGCUAUUUACCAAAAAUAGAGGGCUUGUUUACUUUUCUAAAAAACUCAUCCGUAUAAUUUUUCCCUUCAAAUAUUUCAGGUAAAGGAAACUCCUUAUUUCCAGAAGAAGACCAUGCCUUCACUUGACGAACGGGGCGCUAAAGUCUUUCCCCAAGAUGCUGGAGGUACCUUUUCCUUUCCACUCUCUUUUGUUCUACAGUGGAGUCUUCACAUUUUUUUGAGCCUGUGGGGUACCUUUUGGAAUUUUGUCAGUGCCAAUUUAUUUUUUUGCAGCGCUGACUAAUUCUAUAGAAUGAAAUAAUUCCCAAAAAGUCAGACACAGGGUUGAAUGGCAAAAGCUGGUCUUCUGCCACACUAAUAAUUUAUAUUUCUCUUUCUGUCGUUUAAUUGGAAGCCUCUCCAGGUGUGCCGAGUGGUUCUUCCGAGAUGGUGAAGAGUCCCUUCCAGAUGCUUCGCCAGCAGAUCAGUCUUACAGAGAUAAUGAACACUAGCCGCUCAGAUGCUUCUCAGUUCCUUGAAAGCAUGGAAGACACGGGGCUCCAAGAGCACACGGAAGAGAAUUGCCUUUAUUGUGUCUGCACGCACAUUUUGGGCUACCAGCAAAACAAAGUGAAUCCUUCCUAUAGUCACACUGGUUAGUACAGCUGGGCCUCUUUCAGUCAGAAGUCUAGCCAUUGCUCCUAUUCACAUACAAGGAUACGGAGGCUUGGAUACCUGUUUUGGGCUUCUCAUGCAUCAUGGAAUAACUUUCCAGAAUGUUUCAUAGUCCUGAGACCCAGAAACCUACACUGAAAUUUAAUGUAGGGUGUCAUAUUCUGCGGUAGUUAACAUGGCUAUGGUUCACAAUUAUAAUUUAUAUUACAUUAAAUUAUCUCAGCUGAAAUGAAGCUAUGUAUUUUUCUUCUUUGUAAACCACUCCAUAUGCUUUUUUUCAGAAUUUUCAGACAUUCCUUAUUCUGACUGGUGUGGAAAGCCCAUGCACAAUCACUUGGAUGUGGUCCCCCAUUCCUCAAAGUUUUCUGGGAUUUCGGGAUGCAGCGAUGCUGUAUCUCAUGGCUCAACCAGUAGCACCAAGAGUACAGAUAUUGUGAUAGGUAAGUGGUUUUGUCAUAAGCAUAACAACAUGUGACUGUUUUCCUACCUCUGGGAAGAAGUCAAAUAUUUUCUUUAAGGCACUUGCAGCCCGAUUCUGAACAUUUUGCAUGUGGGUAUUGCAUGAACAUGCUCUUCCUCUAACUCAACUUAGGACUGCAACCUUUAUUAGGUUUUUCCUAACAUUACAACUGCCAAGUAGUUGAAGGUGAUGCGUGUUCUCUUAAGGGCCAUUCAGCCAGCGUUUUUCCACCUUCCCCAACAUGUGCUCACACCCUACACCUCUGUGCAAGAUGUUUUGGGCUGACACAAUUCCUUCAUGUUGUCCUCUGUUUUCCCCUAUCUCCUUUAUUGCAUGUAGAAAUGAAGGUCCAGACCAGGAAAAUCUGUGUUUGUUUCUUCUUGCCCCUAGACGUUGACUCCAUAUGUAGUGUUGAGGCAAGGGAAUAACAUCUGAACGAGUCCUUGGCCAAAUGGGAGGCAUUGUAAUGCAUGUGUGGCACUUCUCAGUGAAUACGCAUGCAACUGCCUGCAAUUUUGAUUCUGUAAAAUGUCCUUCCUCCUCAAGGUGUAAAGUCAAUCCCAGAUGAUACCCCUGUAUGCCGCAUACUACUGAGAAAGGAAGUAUUGCGAUUAGUGAUCAACUUGAGCAGUUCAGUAGGAACUAAAGGACAUGAAACAGGUCUCUUGACGUAAGUAGCACUCUCUUCACACUACAAUUUUAGCUUUCUGCAAAUAGUCUGUCAGCUGUGGAUGAGGGAGGCAGAGGAAAGGGGGAUAGAUGUUGUCAUGGAAUUCUACUCAGUACUGAUCCAGAGCCGAUUCCAGCAGCCUUUACCAAAGGUGUCAUGGGCUUUGAAGACACUCGAACUCAGGACACAAGGGAGAAACAUGCUAAGAGGAAGGCACGCUUGGCAAAUCCACACCGUGAUCAACUCCUGCCUGGAAACCAAUGUCCCCACUGUGGAAGGACAUGUGGAUCCAGAAUUGGCCUGCACAGUCACUUACGGAUUCAUUGUUAAAACCAUGUUUAUAGAAGACAAUCUUACUCAGCUACGAGUGAUCGCCAAAGAAGACGAAGAUAGUUAGCAGAGUAGAAACUUAAACACCUUGCAGGAUUCCCCAAAAAUAGACCAGAGGCAAUUGUAGUUUUACUGCUACUGAAGGCAAAUGAGCAUAAAUGGUCACAAAUCCAAUACCUUCAGAAUUGGCACUAUCCAUAAGAAAUCCAGUUCCAGCAGGCUUAACUUAAACUUACAAUAACUUAUAAUAAGUCUAAACCUUAACACUAAGCAUACUAUGUACAGAACACCACACCAGAAGGAAGAGAGAGAGAGAAAGUGAAACCCAGGCUCCUUCUGGCCUUAGUAUUAUAGUCAUCAUGACCUUGACUGAAAGAGAUAACAGGACCAGUUUAAGCCAGCUGUACUCAGCCUCUCUGAAGGAAUAACCCAAACACCAGGAACCUUCUGCUUGCUUCUUUCACACAGAGAAGCUUCCAGAACCAUCUUGAAUUAAUUAGAACAGGCAAGAUCUCUACACAUCAGAUCAAUACUUUCUGCACUAAGAAAUGGCCUGGAAACGAUGCCUUAUGAGGAACGGCUAAGGGAGCUGGGCAUGUUUAGCCUGGAGAAGAGGAGGUUAAGGGGUGAUAUGAUAGCCAUGUUCAAAUAUAUAAAAGGAUGUCACAUAGAGGAGGGAGAAAGGUUGUUUUCUGCUGCUCCAGAGAAGCGGACACGGAGCAAUGGAUCCAAACUACAAGAAAGAAGAUUCCACCUAAACAUUAGGAAGAACUUCCUGACAGUAAGAGCUGUUCGACAGUGGAAUUUGCUGCCAAGGAGUGUGGUAGAGUUUCCUUCUUUGGAGGUCUUUAAGCAGAGGCUUGACAACCACAUGUCAGGAGUGCUCUGAUGGUGUUUCCUGCUUGGCAGGGGGUUGGACUCGAUGGCCCUUGUGGUCUCUUCCAACUCUAUGAUUCUAUGAUUCUAUGGAAACUGACAGAUGUAGCCCCCUCAGGCUCCUCACUAAUCCUUUGGAGUUGGGAAGAGUGGGGAGGAAGGAUGUGGGUGAGCUCCUGGCAUCAUCAGCUCUUACCAAAGAGGACACAAUGAGAAUCAUUCAUGCUGAUUGGGGUGGAGGGAGUGGAGACUAUCCCAUUUGCCAGUCUAGAAUCGUAGAUGUGUUUGUAGACCUUGACAAUUCUGGCAAAGCCUUCCUUUGAGAGAUGGCAUUGAAACCGUGACCCAUCAGCCAAUCUCUUAGCAAAGGUGGUUGCUGAACUUGGUUUUAGAGUUAAUAAAAUUACUUACCCGUCAUGGCUUCAGUAGCUGUAUAACCACCCAAGUGUGAGAUGUCAAGUUCAUGCAUUGUCCGUGGUAAGAUUGUUGUGGGCGUGUUCGGUUCAUAUCAGAUCUGCUUUUGACACAACAAUGUCAGUGUAGCAUCUGCAGCAGUUGAAUCCAACAUCUGGUAAUGGGGAUAUGACCAUCUUGGCAAAACUAUUUUCCUGCGUCCAUCACAUGCUGCAGUAAUUGUGAGCAUAAGCCCUUUGAGGUUCGGAUUAGACUCGUUUAAGCCUUUUCAGUUCCAUAUUUGCCUUUUCAGUCUGUAUUUUUGUUCCUCUUUCACUUGAAUUCGGAUUGUGAUGUCCUGAGAUUUGUCUUCAUAGAUUUGCAUGGAAUAUCAGAUAGCUGCCUCAGCUUCCUUCCUUAAAGGUUUAUGGUAUUAGGUUUUGAUGGAACAGUUAAAUCAUGGUGCAUGAAUUGGUUUCUUUUUCUUUCUGAUUAGAAUUAAAGAGAAGUUUCCCCAAGCAUUCGAUGACAUAUGCCUUUACUCUGAAGUGUCCUACUUGCUAGCGCACUGUACAUUUCGAUUACCAUCCCGAAGGUUCAUACAAGAGCUCUUUCAAGAUGUCCAGUUUUUACAAGUGAGUCGAAGUGAAAUCUAGCUAAUUCUUGAUAAGCUUCCAAUACGACUUCUGUCUUUAAUGCUAAGUUACCAGCAUUCUAUCUCGUUACUUCCAGAUGCACGAAGAAGCAGAAGCCGUACUAGCAACAAAUCAGCAAACAACUAACCCAUCGGCUGAAUCCUGACCCCUUGCUUUUUGUGGUGUGGUUAAAUAUGAAGUCGUCGGUAGCCUCGGAUAAUAACGUCUAAUUGACUGGGCGAAGAGAAGAGAAGCAUUCUGGGUACAAGUAACAGAACCUCUCCUCCGUGAAACUUGCUUUCCCAUCCAUCCAUCUGAGCCCUAUGAGAAUUGUUAAAACAAUGAAAGUAGCAAUUACCAAGAUAUGCAAGGAGAACGAAGCACUGAACACUUGCACAGGUUUUCAUUUCACUUAUUUUGAAACGCAGCAUCGUAAUAAUAGAGGACAGCGUGCGGGGACGUGUUGUACAUGGUUGGGUUUUUUUUACUUCCGUUCAGGACAGAGAGUGAUGCCUUUUAAACCCUGGAUCUCGGAGCAUCUAAGGCUCUAUCUCCAUUGUCACCAAUGGAGCUGCUCGGACUGUGGACGUCAGGGGAUUAAUGAUGGCUUUCUGUGAUAUUUUUCCUAAUCUUUGUGAAACACUACUUGGAGAAUUUCUGAUCUCUGAGAGAGAAAGAGAAUCCUUAGUAACUUGGGGUAGUCUUAAGUUAUUUUAUUGUUUCAACAGCAAAAAUCCUUAUUUGUCUUAGCAGUCGGUCUAGUUUUGUUGCAGUUACAUGUGAUAAUGUGUUAACUGAACCAAUUAAGGAACUUCACUACAGUUUGAUUUUUUUUAAAAAAAGAACAAAUCACUUCUCAGACCCCUGGGAUCAAAAUUUCCCUGUACAUAUAAUAAUGCAUGUUGUUCGGUCGGGUUUUCUACAUUAAUGCUCAUCUAGUAUGUAAAUUGUCUAAAUGUAAACCUUUUAACAAGCAUGACUUCCAUCAAAUAAGGGUGCAUACUUUAUCAAGAAAAACUAGGAAAUAUCUACCCAUUGCUGCUUUUGAUCAGGAAAGAGGCAAGAAAAAAAAACCACAUUCCAUGUCUUUAAUUUUUCUCCUUACCACUUAGCUUUGAUUAUACAUGUGAAAGGUUAAUUGCAAGAUAAUACCGGUAAUGGUAGUGAAAAGCCUUAAAGGUGCAAUGCAGAAAUGAACACUCCUUUGCUUUAAUUCAUUGUUCUUUCACAGAUCCUUUGCACAGAUGAUAUGAUGGUGACAAUAUAUAGGUCAGUUCUCCCCACACCCUUAGUUCGAUUCCUAAAUUUCUAGAAGUGCAGACUUGAAACACGUGCAUCUUGUCCCCAGACCGAAAGCCCCCCCCCUCCGAAUCAAAUAACUUGAUAUAUGCAAACCUGUACAUACAAAUGCCCAACCACUUUCAUUACAAAAGACUGACUGUAGUGGAUUGAGGUUACGCUGUAAUUUCUUGUGUAUGAAAAUAGUACAGCGGGACUGUACUGGCAAUCAUAUUAUGUCCAUCCAUUCCCCCCCCCCAAUUAAACAAAUUCAAAGAUUUGCUUAUCAAGGUGUAAUUAGCUCAGUUUUGCAUAUUCCUUACCGCAGCUUAAUCAGUGCGCUAAUUCUUUUUGUGGUAGGAUUUUGUUCCACGUUAUAGAACGUUAAGAAUAUUUGAAUUUUUCAUUUGGCUCAGAGAGCCAAACCACCUCUUAAGAGUUCUGCUUUUCUUAGUAGGAGACUGGCAAGUGCUUACAGCCGACAUCUUUUUGUCAAGCUCCUUUUUGCAGUUCCUCGUGAGGCCUUCUUUUGCUUAGGCUCCUUGCCCUUCCUGUACAGGGCAGAUGGAAGAACGAGCAGUUCUUGACCUCUGGAAGUUUUGGAUACACAGCGCCCGAAUCCGCUUCUUCUUUUCUCCUCCCACAUUCACCACGGUGGCUCCUCUGAGAGCAUCUUCCCCAUCACACUCUGGCUUAAUUUUGCCAAAGCCUCUUUCUCCUGGCUCGAUGAGCUCAGUGUUCAACUCCAGCUUCUGUGUUUUCCUUGCACUGUCUACACUGCCAUUCUAACCUGCCAUUGGGGAACAAAUAAUUUUAAAGGAACAGGAGUUGUCUUGGUGGCAUGCUCAUUUUCACUUCUUCUGACACGAUGAUGACUUUGGUUCCAAGAAAUACGACACUGGGUGGGGUUACAGGGUUGUAGAGGUUUUGAGACCUUCUUUCACAUACGAUGAUGGCAGUGGGGGGGAGGUUGGUGGUGGGAAAAGGAUACGUUACCAGGUUUGUGAAGUUACUUUCCCCCCAUUUGUUGCCUUUGGAAGUUGUUAACUGGAAGGUGACAUGAAGGAGCAGAGGGCCUGUAGAGGCAGUUUUUACCUCCCCAACCAGAAGUCUUAUUUUCCUUGAGCUGUAGAGGAAUGUUUGGAGUGGCAGUGGAGGUUCCUUCUAGGAGUUGGCCAUUUCCUCCUUCCUAUAGUAUUACUUGUUCAAACUGCUUUCAUCGGGUCAUGUGGCCUUCACUAUAAUUUAAUUGGUAGAACCCUUUUAGGCCUUUGUAAAUGGAGGGUUCCCAGCAAAAUUAGUUCCCUCAGUUUUGUUUUUUCCCCAUUUUCAUCAGAGCUCUUUGGAGAUUUAGGUGGGGGGCUUCAGCUGAAUUAAUGUCUACCUAUUAACCGCAUGGAAUCCAUUAAUCUUAUCCGCCAGUAUUUACAGAUAUAUUGUUUGGACUUAAAUAUAACUCCUUUGCAAAACCAAAAUGCUAGCUACAGUAGACCAAAUAGUGGUGUAAACCCCAAAGGAGUAAUGUAGUACUCACGGUUAAAACAGGACAAAAAAACCUGAUCUAAUACAGUAGUAGUGAACACUACCUCAGUUAGGAUAGAGUAAUUAAGACCUAUAGAUUGCUGACUCCAGCUGGAGUUAAUUCAUGAACUCUAGUUUACAUUUCUGCUUCCAAGACAAAAGGUAGCUGAGGCUUUUUAAAAAAAUAAAAAUAAAAAAAAUCUAUAUUUAACAAAAUAAAUUGUUCAGGUGGUUAGGCUUUCCAACCCAGCUCUUAAAGAAGGGACAUGAAAAAUGAAUAGGGAAAAUUAAACAGUAAACUUAGAUUGCAGCAUCUACACCCAGAAAAUUCACCACUACCUUUUUUUAAGUGCAAAGAACUCUGACUUCCAUCCUGACCAUCACCAAGAAAACUGCAAAGUAACAUCAAGUGAAUUUUUCAAGUACAUUUAAGGAAAGAAAACAUAUUUCCGUAAGUGUCGAGGAUGUAAUAAUGUCAGUACUGAGUGUUUCAUAUAUGAUACCUUGCGUUUACUUUAAUUUGUCAAUUAAUUUGAUGUGGCAGAAUAUAUUCUGGAGUGUAACACAAUGGGUUUUCAUUGAAAAGCUGUGCUUUGAAUUGAGUACUCCUUGGCCAGUCACAGUAGCAUCUCAUUCGGUUGUGUACUUGGAUGACCUUUAAUUCAUCAAGCCAAAUGCAAAAGCCCUGAAUUGUGAACUGCCAGCUCUUUGACAACCUCAUCAGUCUCAGAGAUACAGAAAAAUCAGAGGGCGGCUGUAUAUACCUGGUCAGUUGCGUUUGGCUUGGAGGAUCACAAAUUCUACAGGGUAGCCUUAGGUGCUCCUGCGCAGGAAUUGGGCACCAAGCUGAAACCAUAGGAAACGUCCCCAGAAAAUGAAAAUACGAUGGCGCUUGGGGAAACUCUUAGCAUCACAGUUUGAAUUAUGUGGGUGGUGUGGACCAUGCCCCUCAUACUAUGUCCCACUGUUGCUUUUGCAGAGGGGUGGGAACUGCGGGCUUGGCUCAGUGACUUCUGAGAGAUCAGUGCAUCCGAUCCCUGUAGAAAUCCUUUGCUAAUGAUCCCCCUUCUGACCUUGUGAGGUACGUCACAGAGGAGAUUCUAAGUGCUUCAGAAUGGACCCUUACAGUGCAUGGGGGACUUGUUUAGAUGCAUCUAUCUCACUCUCAUGCACACACACUGUCCUGCCCUACUUACUGCAGUAAAAGUUGGACAGAAGGGAUUUUAAACAAAGAUCCCAAAGUUCUCCAGGUCUUUUAGAGGGAAAAGGGGAGCAUGUAGUAUUCCAAAAAGCUGCAUUUGAGAGAACACUUUGAAUUGACAUCCUUUUUCUGCUUUUGUUCAGUGCAUUCCAAAUAUAACUCUGUAGGAGUUCUGUUUUCCCCACGACAGAUAUGUUAAGGAUUAGAUAUUGGCUGUGACGCAGACUGUUAGAUCUGAGUACCUCAAGUUCAGCACCUCCAUUAAUACGUAUGGCAGCCUGAUUGUAUGAUAGGCAUAGAAAACCUUUAGCUGUUAUUAAUUCUCUGUCUUUCAGAGGUCUGAUCAUCAGACAAAGAAGUGUUAGCCCCUUGCAAUAUAGGCUUGGAUUCCGAGUUGGUCCUCUGCUCACAUAAGCAGGGUGAUUUCUGCCAAUUCCCUCUCCAUUUGCCAAUGGCUCGCCCUUCUAGUCCCAAAGGCCCCUCCAACUCCCAGGAUCCUAUUUUUUGAAGGGGCAAAGGGAAGCUGGAGGCAGGCAAGCUCAGAUCGUUGAACUCAGACCACAAAAGAUCCAAUUCAUAUUAUCAGAUGUGUGUCAAAAGGCCCAUACAGUCCUAAAAAGACCUUGUUCAUUAUAUCCGCCAUAUAGGCUGCUGCUAAUUAGGCACCAUCGGUUUUCAUUCCUCUAGAAUAUUUUCAGUAUUCUAGAAUAUGGGUCGACGCGUUCAGAAGUUUGCUUUAUCCGACACAUUCUAGAAUACUUGCCAGGUGGCAGAGAAUGUCCUUCAGUAACUCUUCGAAUAGCAGUUUAAGGAAGAAAUAAGAUUCUGGAAGCAUUUUGGUGGCAGCUCGGCUGCUUGCGUUUCUGGCAGCCCUCUCUGUAUAAAGAUUUUGCAAAGCUGAUGCCCCACUUGUGAAGUGAAUGUAAGUUUCAGAGGGCAUGGGGUCUGACCCAAAGAGGCAUUUCUAAAUUUAGGGCUUAACUCUGGCUGAAUAUUGCCUUAAACAUACUGAUCCUUUUUCUUUCUUUUUCUUUUUUGCUUUUAAUAGGAAAAAAAAAUUCUUAUUUUGAGAUUGCCUUCUGUAACAAUCCCUGUAACCAUACCCUUCCGCUUGCCCUCCUGUGCAGAAAAAUGUGACAGUGCAGAUGGGCAUGUGUUUUCCAGUUAAAUGUACCUCACUAUUAAAUGCUGGCUAGUGGUGAUGGGAACAUGGUAGAAUCCCUACUAGAAAUUUUCCUUUUCUAGAAAUGGCAAUAGCCCUGUCUUUGUUUUUUGUUUUGUUUUUUUAGACUUCUCAGCACAAACAUCCAGAUUUGCUAUGUAAUUAUCAUUUUUUAAUUCAGUCAAGAAUGUGGUUUUCAUUUGGAUUUUUUUUUCUUUUGUAAAAUAGUUGGAUAGCGAUGCCACAGCAUGCAGAAAUUGCACUUUUUUUGCUUGACCUGCUUGUAUAAAAUAGACACUAUUUAAUUUGAAAAAUGUAAUUUAUGCCAAAAAAAAAAAAAGAAGAGCGAGAGAACUUGCCAUUCUGCCACUGCAUAGGUUAGAUUAGCACAAAACGCAAGAAGUUUUGAGGGGGAGGGGCGUAUUUUGUAGGUGUAAUUUGUGGGUGGGGGGCGGGGAGAUGUGCUUCAAUAGUGGCUGCCAAUAACCCAAACUAUGUGUGAUGUUAGAGAUUAUGUAAAUUAAUCAUUCUGAGGAGUGUGAGAAGAGUGUAUGAAAAACUUCAAAGCUCAUUGUCUCCACCCCAUGUGGUCAUAUUUCCUCUUUUUUUUUUUUCAGUUGACAAGCUGCUACAUAUUUGGAAGUUAUAUUGUUUGUAGGUCACUGAAUGGACAUUGAAAUCUGAUUUAUAUUGUAUACCUGUAACAUAGAAAGAAAGAAAAAGUAUUUAUAUAUUUUCUGUAUGAAUAUUUCAUUGAGCUGUGUAUAAUUUUGAAGAGGCUUUGUCCCCAAUUGGAUCUGCCCAUCUGGAUUCUUGAUCUCUUUUUUGUUUCUCUUUCCUUUUUUGGAGUUUUGUUUCGUUUUGUUUUGUACAGUGUGUACAGUUCACAUCUAUGAACAUUAAAAGCCUCCUGAAGCAUUAUCUUAUCAAAGGGAUGCAUUGUUAAUAAAAUGGACUUUGAACUUGCUCUCUUAAAGUAAAA